CCGACGUACAACACUUUCAUGUAGAAACACAUCAUUUUACCAGUUUUAAUGCAUUAUGAGUGGUUCUUCAUCUGCAAGUGCGCAAAUUCCCGUGUGAGAAGGGCGAAACAUUAAACGAAGCCAACAACUUGCCUGCUUACAUGAACCUCUCUUCUGGUCUCUGCUUCAAUCUUGAACUUCAUGGCAGCACAAACUAAUGUGGUGAGACCCGAACUUAAGUUUCGUAGUUGUUAUUUUGUCAACGCCGUAUUGUUGACUUUAGUCUUAACUGGAGUAGAUCGUGUGAAUUCACCUGAAAAAAUGAAUUAACGGUGGGACACUUUAAUUGAUGGUCAUGAAUGUGGUUGAAGGCUUUAAAUCUUUCUUUUUUGUCACAUUUAGUGUUGUUAUUUUAUGGAACUUAUCCCAUAUAAUUUUAGGGAAUGAAGGCAGAUCCAGAACUUCUGUUUUCAAAACUUGAACGAAUUGGCAAAGGAUCCUUUGGUGAAGUGUAUAAAGGGUAGGUGGAAAUAGUCUUAAGUUAGUGCUUAUAAAGCAAAAUAAUUCUUUCAAGAGUGCAAAAUUAAAAUUACUGUAAUGAAAAUAUAUGUUACAGGAUAACACAACACGUUUUGGAAGUCUUGGAGAAAAACAUAUCAUUUAAGAACCUGUGUGCGACAAACACAGACUGUAGACUUGCAGACUCGCAGGUAAAUGAGGUAAGCAUUGUUGUGAAAUACUUUAACAGAUUCCCUAUCCUUAAACUUUAGUUCUCUAAAAGUCUAGUAAGUUUAGAUAGGGAAUCUAUCAAAGCAUUUCACAACAAUGUUUACCUCGUUUACCUGCCAUUCUGCAACUCUGCAGUCUGCAUUUGUCGCACACCAUUUAAAAACUAUACAGACAAAGACACUUGCAGCCCUCUAAGGCCUUUAUAAUUUUUCAAAGAAUGAAGUUCUUGAGACUUUAGCAAAGCCUCUAAACGUAAUAAAUAAGCUUGUUAUUGGGUUUUCAGUCUGUGUUAUUGAAUUAUAUUAUUCAGCUGUGGUUCUCCUUUGGGUGCAACUAGAGUUGAAUAAAUCGAAUAGCCCCUCAUUUGUGGCCAACAACCUGUAAACUGUAAUUUUUCUCUAAUUUAAUAUUCUACUUAUAAUUUACUAUCAUUUUGCACAUAAUUAUGUAAAUUCAUUACUUAUUGCUCCUCACUUAUCACAGCUGGUAGUGUUAGUUUUGUAGAUUCAUUUUUCCUCUAGAAUGAGAUGGUAGACUCCCACAUGAAAGGCUUAGGGAUGUUUCCCAUCUUGCUUUUAGUCUCAGUUAUUGGUGUGUAGUUGUUAAUUGGUACUCAUUUUUAACAUUUUUUGCCAUCGGAUCUUGUCUGAAUUAAACAGUGCAGGCCAGAACGAAGUGAACCACAUUAUACCCAUAAUAUAUGUAUUUAGCCAGGACUGAAAGUGAAGCUUCUGUUAAACAGGGCUUCUGAUAGGUCGCAGAAAAAAAAAGUCAAAUUUCGCGGGAUUUUUGGCAACAAAAUCGCGGAAAAAUUGACCGAUUUCGCGGGAAUUUCGUGGGAAUUUUCGGGGCAAACUUGGCUGGAAAGCAAUCGGUAAAAAAACGGCGGAUUUUGUGGUUAUUUUCGGGGCAAAUUUCGCUAGACAUCGAUUGGUUUUGCGCUGAUUAGACCAUCGUUUUUAAUGUUUUUCUAACAGAGGUCAUCAUUUGCUCUUUCAACAACAAUAUAUAUGAUCAGUAGCACACUACACAAGUACAGAUGCAUAACGUGUUAAGAAAAUAUGAAAAAUUCUAAAAAACUUCAAAAUUCACUUAAAAUCAUUUAUUUCAAAGAAAAUGAACCUCUUUAACCAAAUUACAACAUUUUAGCCCAUUUUAGCUCAUUUUGACUUAAUCGGAGCUAUUUUUUGUAGUACCCAGGAUGCAUUGCGGUCCUCGCCCAUUUCUUGUUUGUUAACAUUAUUAGGUCUGUUUUCUUAAUUUUUUCUCUCAAAAAUGUUCUUUUGAAAAUAAAAGAAAUGUAAGGACAUAAAUUUUUGUUUUGGCUGUGUUUGUAUCAUGUAAAUAAAGUAAAUUAUGCAGACAAUUGUAGCCCUAGAAUUUCGCUAAAACCGUACAUGUACUGAAUGUUUUAUCACGUGUUGAUUUGUUGCAUAACAAUAAGCUUCUGGAAAGUUCUUGGGUGGUUACCAAGGUCGGUGUGAAGCCUUCCUUUGAGUUAAAGCGAGUGAGAUGGCGGAGGAAGUUUGCGAGGUUGAUGCGUUUCUUUGAGAUCGAUGUUGCUGAAUGUAACCUGAAACCUUCCAUGAAAUGUUUCAAAACGUUUGGUAUUCAGAAAAUUGCUUCUAGCGCACACAAUUUCUUAUAUUUUUCCAUGAAAAUUGCUAUUUACAAUCGUUGUGAGUCGAGAAUGACACAUGAAAGAAAAUCAGCAAGGCCUGUUUCAUGCUUCGAGUGUGGAGACUGCUUGCAUUUUGCCUUCCUUGCGAAAAUCAGGUGUAAACAUGGCGCGUUUCAAAGUUUCUGGUAAUCAGAAAUUUGCUUACUUCUCUGGAAAACCACCACAUCAUGAACGCGCACCAGCCAUUUUGUUGAUGGAUGACUUUACAAAGGUGUCAAAUCCGUUUCUUCCCUCACCCCCUAAAUGGUUGACAUGACCAUUGGACGUUUGUGGGGGAGUGGGGUGUGGGUGAUUUUACUGAUUUAGUUUGUAUUGGAAGAAUUUUUUCCCAAACCUCUCUGGAGUAAGAAAUUUGUUCCCUGACAUAUAACGGUGUAAGAUUUUUUUUCAGCAUUAUACGUCAUGAGCGAUAUUUUUUUCAGUGUAGGAUAUUUUUCUCCCAGGAAUUUAUCUGCAUGCUUUUUUCCCCUUGAGAUCAGUCUGCACGACAUUUUUCUGAAAUCACCAAUAACCUCCUCAAAAGUCAAAUGGUCGGCCCCUAUAAUCCACCAAACAUUUGGUCAGUUGACAGAUUCUGAUUUGGCAAUCAUUUCUAAAGGUUUUUGAAACAAUAGGGGACAAAACUCUCUAGGGGAGAGGGGAGGAAUUCAUUUCUACCUGGAAAGUCCGUACAGAUAGACUAAUGGUGACGUCAUAACCAAAUUUUCUCGGAUGGAUAGUUUACCAAAUUGCUCCACUGCACUCGCUUCGCACGCAUGGGGCUCCACUAAUACACAUCUGGAUGCAAAGAAAAUGCAGAUCAAUUGUCUGGCCAGAAGUGUGUAUGUGUCUUAGCUGAUGCACUUACACAUCUGGCCUGAAAUACGUCAGUGCACAUUUAAACUCAGUAGUAUGUAUGAGCUAUUUCUUCAUUACCAGUGCUCCACCCUUAAAGUUGCUUUUUGGUGACCUAAAAUUGUAAAAUGGUUGUCAGACAUAAUAAUUAUAUAGGUCACCAUGAAAAAAACAUGUGUGGUGUAAUUUUACGUGAAGGGUUAUGGUGCUGACCACAUUGAUUGCUGGUACUUCAUUUUUCAUGUGUUAUGCAUAAAGCUGUUCCAAGUUUCGUUCCAAGUUUGUCCUCACUACAGGUACUCUGCAAAAGUCGAUUUCGGUGGAAUUGGUGUAUAUUUUUGCCUAGUUGCAGUAGCUUUUUGUGCAUCAAAAUAAUGGAUCUUCGGCAGCAAAAAGAGCCUUUAAAUUUCUCAAAACAUUGUCUACCCAGCACAUCAUUGUAAACUCCAUUCAAUAAUUAAAUAAAAGAAAGGCUAUAAAGGGAUAAUUUUUUCUUAAUUUUCAAAGCCUGGGGGAUGUCUGUUAGCCUGAAUUUCAUCCGAUUACUUCGAGUCGUUAUUACUCCUUAAUUUCUGAAUCAACCUGCCAUUAAUGCUGUCCAGUGACAUCACUCACUACCCAAAAACUGGGUAGUGAUUUUGAUUGGGUGAUUGUCUAAACAUUUGCAUAAUUAUUUAUAAUUAUUAUGAAAACUUUUAGUGGGAUUGUCGCUUAAUAUUCAGCGGAUCGCAUCCCUGGCAUUCUUUCGUGUAGUUCAAACAUUUCUAAAAGUUUAAUCUUUAUUUUAAACAGCAAAAUUGCCCUUGUUUUCGAAACUGAAAUGCUAAAUUGAACUGCAAAUGAAGAAUCAUUGCGGAAAGUCAGCAGGUUUUUCAUUUAGAGCCACUUUGUGGUUUCGGUGGCCAGUGAUUUUGUUUACACGAAGUUUUUUGAGAUCAAUGUUAUAAUUCGACCUUCUUGCUAUUUUCAUUGUCAAGUGUAAUGAUUCUGUUAGCUUUUCUUUCUUGUUUCCUUGUUUUUUUCUUUGUUAAGGACCAAAUGGCUUCUUUCAAUUAAAGCAAAUCAUUUUGUUUUUGAACUAAGUGUUCCGUGUUUGUGUUUAUUUCAUUGCGUGAUUGCGACCGAGUUUGAUUAUAGAAUUCAGUACAACUGGUUCAGAGUUGUACUGCAUGCAGUUGAUAGUUUGAAUGUUAAACAUGAAUUACGAUAAAAAAAGCUAACGCAAUUCUGUAUCAUGCAGACAUUAUUUUCCAAACGACAUUUCUUGGUUUGCCACUUGAAAAUCAUGUUUUACUUUUUGCAUGAAUUAAAGCAAAGGUCAAGGAGUAGUGAUGUCACUGGACGGCAUUAGGGAACUUAAGCAAAGACGUUUUUGAGUGACAGACGUCAACCGGAAGUGAGUCCUUCUCCCUUUUUAUAUGCCUUGACGCCAACAAAUUUGUAUCACUAAGUUUCUUUUCUCUUAUAAAGACGAUUUACCCGAGAGUUUCAACAGAACCACUGCCCAAUGAUGCAAAAAGUACACUUCCGACAAAAACGCUGUUGCUUAACCUCCCUAUUAACAGCCGGUUGAUUCAGACGUUGCUGAGGGAGUAAUAACAAGUCGAAGUAAUCGGAUGAAAUUCAGGCUAUAUGUCUGUACGAACAGACGUAUUUUCUCGACUUUGUUUUUCACCAGAGCUCAUGCAAUGAAUAUUUUUUCUCGCUGGAAAUCUAUUUUCACGUAAUACUCAUUUGUCAAAUGAAUUUUUGACCACGUGAUUUGAGUAUAGCCCCUGAUUCUUACUGUUUUUAACUUGCUUGAUGGCUAAAGUGCCAUUACAAAAAUCCAGAGCACAGUAGUAAAAUGGUUUCUUAAACAUUUUCAGCUAACUUGAAGAUACCUAUAGUUUUGUUGCCAUCUGACCCAGUUUCCAAUCACCUUAUCAACAUGGCUGGCCAACUAUCAUGCCUACCCAGGUGAAAAAAGGAAAAUUGUCUGAGUACAGAGCGUAAACAAUAUUUCUUGCAAAUGUUUAUCUCAUUUUAACUUUGGAAAGACUAUUAACACUAGCUGAUAAAGGAACUUUGUACACCUUGGCUCGUGACUGCCAAACACAGUUUAGUUGCAAGUUUACUAGCCAAUAUUUUUUUACUUUAUGGUUUCAGCUUGGAGCGCUGUGUACAAGUGUAAAUAAUUAUCUCAGUGAAAUGCCUAUAAGUAAGAAAAUACAUAUACAAUACAUAUAGACCAUAUUCUUGAUCCAUUUGAGAUUUUUGGUCCGAUGGUCAUCUGUGACUGCAGCGCUGUGCAGUCAGCGGUUUGCUUAGCUGCCGCGCCUGUUUUUCUCUUAGGAGCAACCCGCCAUUUUGUUUUGCUCUCAUGUAAGAUCUGUGCAAUUGUAGUUUAUCGGAUGCUUGCUGUCUUUUUAAACGGCCUAAACGGUAAGAACAGUUCAAGACGUAUUGUACGGAACAUUUUUGCGGUUUAUUUUUUUUAUUCAGGUUUCAAGAUUAGUUAAAGCGAGUAUUCUUUUGUCACACAAAUUGUUAUCUCGGUAAUCAGGAUUGCAUUACAACUUCACGCCGAUUUAAGUGUGUACCCCAAAUUUUGGGGUUAUCAAGUAUUCAUAUAUUCAGGCUAUUGUUCUUGCCAUUGUCGAUUACCUUCCGAAGAAUCCACGAGCGGAAUUCCUUUGAUUUAGGUGCGAUAUGUCUCUUUUGUUUCGAAUUUUGUUGCUUGAUUGACUUUUUAAUCCCCAUUGUUACCUGAUGAGUAUUAAAUUUAUCCAUUAAAAUACUCGGACUUGCCUGUUAAAUUUGCUGCGGUCUGUGGGAACGCUUACAAGUCUUUUAAGUGUGGCGGACAACUCUGGUUGCAUAACAUAUUUUCGGUCACGCACCGUAUUACAAACGAAACAAGCCUGAUAAAUUUGAAGUUGAUUAAAGCUUAUAAAUACCUAGUCUCCUAUGGUAUUUUUUUUAUUAAAUACUCCCUUGCCUUGAAAAUAAUUUGGCAUUUAAAGAAUUGCUGCGGAAGGUAUUUAUUAGAACGUUUUAUUCAUUCAGUAUUAUCAAAACCUGCGCUCUGCAAUCAAGAGCGAACAACUCUCUUCAAAAUGUAAACAAUGCAAGCGGUGAAUGCAUUUAACGGGAUGACACAGAUUUAUCAGUGUGUAAUUUCACUUUUUUGGAAGUUUUCGCUUGCCUUUCAGUUUUUUUGUUUAAAAAAACCUUGCGUUUCAGUUACGUGACUGCAGGGCCCGAAAUAACAGCGUAUUGUCAGUUCACCGAUUUGCAUGACAACUUGAUUCGCGGAGCUAAUCGAGUGAGACAGGAAAUAUCUAAAACUGUAAUCGACAGAUCAAAACUUGCAGAAUUCAUAAUUCCUCGAAAUAAUUUCGUUUUGUAUAGUUUGAUUGCUCUGGAGAAGUGAAUAACUGUUAUGAUUGAAUGAAUGGAUAACUCUCGGCCGGCCGGAUUUUAUUAAGCGAUAGGCGAGAAAAAAAUGCUUCAGCAGCUUGCUUUAUACUUGAAACCUCGGCAAGAAAAAAAAAUCAAUCUCGGUCCACAGUGGUCGAAAUUUCUCGUUCAAGAUCUCUUUUUGAAGCUCUCAAAACUCUCCUUUUUGAAAAAUACGUACCCAAGUCGAAGAAGUUUUGCGAAAGACUUAAAUCCAUAAACUUCUACCGCGAUAUGUGUGAUAAUUCUCCGCAGUUUUAUUGACACAUUUAGAACAAAAGGAUACCUUUAAAACUUCGUGGCCCUGGGCAGCUUAAUUAAGCCAUUGUUCAAUUCCUUUGAAUUCGCUUCUGAGUCUUCCGCCAUAAAAUCUCACCUUCUUUGAACCGAGUCAAAACGAGCACUCCCGAAGGGAAAGUCCGGAGGAAUAAACUGAGCCUUCAGGGUACAAAAUCCAGCGGUUAUGCCCAUUUCUGAAAGACACACUUAAAUCGGCGUGAAGUUGUAAUGGUAAGUUACAUAAGUGAACGGCAUGUGCUGUACAUCUACCUGACCUGUGAACAAACAAGUUUUGGCCUUUACGUCAUUUGUUCGCAACUCAUCUCAUCGAUCCUGUGUACGAUGAUUGUUCGAUGAAGAAACAGCCUAUCAGCAAUGCUGUUGUUUUAGAAUUUCGUGAAUUAUUACAUUACAAAUUACAAAGUGGUAUUGAAACCUUAGCGAGUUAUAUGAAUGUAAGCAUAUUUGUCAUCGUGAUCUGUUCAUUUUUUAUAUUAUGCUCUGAGUGUUUCAUAAUGCCAGCAAGUCUAAGUUAUUGAAUUAAAUAAAAAAGAAUUCACAUGUUCAACUGUUCUACAAACUGUCUUUGUCCUAUUCGCUUCGCAACUAAUGGCAGCACUUCCCUUCUCAAUGAGAACUUCUAGUAUAUGUGUAUGUAGGAACAGUUAAGAUAUAUAUGACAAGCCAGUAUCUUUACCCAUACAUUUUCCCCAUAGGGUUGUGUGCAGAAAUGAUCAUGAAAGAAGUAACACAGUGUUGAAGGCAGCAUUCACUGUCAACACCUAAAGCAGGGUUCACAAAUAUGCCAAAUUUGGCGUAUUUUACACCAAAAUUGUUUAGAUGACUCCACUGAGGUUACGGAGGGAGUCGCUCUGACUCCAGAAAUUUUUGGUAACAAACAGGGAGCCACUUUGACUCCAGAAAUUUUUGGUAACAAACAGGGAGCCACUUCGACUCCAGAAAUUUUCGGUUACAAACACAGUUUUGUCCUUACCUUUUUCGCAACAAAUACAAUUUACAUUAAUAAUUGUAAACGUUGUAAAUCCUUAUUAAAUCAUCAAAAUUAAGGAAUUAUACUGCACGACAAAACAGGAAGAGGGUAAAUUACAAUCAAAGUUUACUCGAUGACCACCAUCAUGGAUUAGAGCUUUCCAGGUCAGCGGACCACCACAGCUACUUUGUCUAUCCCUCACGAUAGUGUAUACAUGCCAGGGCCACGUGCUGGAAAGUAUGAAAAUGGCUUUUUCCAUUGUGAUACUUGACUCUAAAUAUUCCAAAAUGGCUCCAAACUUUGUGAAGCAGAAGUCACACUGACUCCACUCAUCAAUAACAUUUGCAAACCCUGCUCAAGUGUACAUGAAGCCCUUUAUUUGGUUGGUUGUUCUGGUAUUGUCUCUUUUAGGAGUCAAAUAGAGCAUGAGCUAUGCCCAGGCUGCUCUUUUUUAGGGGUUCAAUUCUUAUUUUCCAUUGAGCAUCUCUGUCCAUUCCCCCCACCACUGGUUUUUCUUCUUCCCUUGCCUUGAUUAGUCCUCUCUCAAUGAGUAAGGAAAUAUAUACUGACUUAGUGAGAGGGCUGGACAGGAAAGUAUUUGGCUCCAGGUCCUUGUGCCCUGACGAAGGGCGAAAAUUUUCUCAUUUGGCCGGACCUAACUCGGUCAAUAGGCAUUUCAUCGUAAUGACCGUCAUAGCAGCAUUUGCCUUGUUUGGCACGCAUUUCCUAGCAGUGCUGUAUGUAUUUUCUUGGCCCUACUGACCUGACGAAAAUGGCCCUCAUACGGGAUGUUUUUUCAUGUUUUUCCAACAAAAUUGCGCAUGGGGCCAUACAGUAGCCUGUUCCAGGCUCUCAGAUAGUGCGGAAGAUGCAAAAGUGAAAGGUAUGCUAAAAGGGGGGCGAGGCGGGAAAAAGGAAAAAGAAAGGAAGAGAGAGCCCAUAAUCAUUUCUUUUACGAUCCUCUGACUGCCGCCCGCUUUUGGCAUGUUUGAGAUUUCUGCUGUUAAACAUUUGAAAUGUCAGUGAAUUGGAUUCUUUCUCAAAUUUCUAAUGCGAGUAUUUCAGGUGGGGCUCAUCCCUUCAGAUUGUAAAAAGGGGGUUGCUAGGCAACACACGACUAUUACCUUGUUCCAAGUGGUGCCUGUUCCAGUGAAUGUUUUCUUUGGCCAGUAGAUUGUGCUCUGGAGGGUUCUGCCUUUUAACUGAGCAAAUGUGAUUUUUGCUGCUUGUUUUAUGCGGAGAGGUCAUGACACACAUCAUGAUUUGUUGCGGUUAUUGUUUCCUGUCAGCAGAAAUUGCCCUCUGAUGCAAGAGCAUUUUCUUUGACCUCUUUUGAAAUGUGAAGUUGUUCAUUGCGGCUAAAUUAGGGCUUUAGUUUGUUUAAUUUUUUCUAAAGUGCCUCCUGUAUCUGAAUAACUGUAGGCGAUUUUCUUUUGUUUGUGAAUGUGAUGGUUUCCUGCAAUGUUUUGUCACGCUGGGCCCAGCACGUUAGUGUUUUUUACAGGAUGUUUUAAAAUUCUCAUGGAUAGUCAUUACAGAUCUAAAUUUCAAUGAAUGGAUUGCAGCUUAAACUGAAGCUACCGGUACAUCAACUAUGGCGAAUUGUGUAGUGACUCAGUCAUGAUUGCUCUUUAGCAAUGAUUUGUAAACUCCAGCUUGUUUUUCUAAAGAUAAUGUGGGUGUUUCCAAACAUGAAUACAGCUGAAUAAAAUAUCAAUAUCAGCAGGAUUGCAAAAACAUCUUUUCCAUGCGCCAAGUUCACAAGGCAGGUCUUCUGUUCUUUCCUCAACACUCCUAUGUGCGGGAAAUCUCAUAAAUACAAUUUGAACGUAAGAGUUAUCAUGGAUUCCUCUAUUUCUUAUGGGUGGACACUGCACGCCAUCUUUCUGAGUGAAAGAAUCGAAAUGACUCCCAUUGAGAAGUGUUAAUAUAACCUGUCAAAUUUGACCAAACAGAGGGUAUACCAGGAGCUGGUACACCGGGACAAGCUAUUUAAAGAAAUGAUUACAGGCUCCGCUGCCCUUCCUUUCCCUGGUUUCCUCCCGUUUUAUUUUCCUGGUCGUGCUUUUUCAAUCCCUGCGGACCCGACUAACUCAGAGCUUGGAACAGGCUAGCCAUAUGAGUCAUAUGAUAAUCUUCUGUAUUUCCCUACUUUGUGUUUGUACAGCAAGAAAGACUAAUGAUAAUUUUUUUUUUAAAACAGCAUAGACAAUAGGACCAAUACAGUGGUAGCAAUAAAAAUUAUUGAUUUAGAAGAGGCUGAAGAUGAAAUUGAAGACAUUCAACAAGAGAUUACAGUGCUAUCACAAUGUGAUAGUGCUUAUGUCACGAAGUAUCAUGGCUCCUAUCUCAAGGUAAUGUUUAGACCUUAGACUACUGUGCCCUUGUUUUGACCAGAACUUAAGCAUUGUUUUUGGUAGUUUGAAGUCAAAAGAGGCAUGGCAUGAAGGGUAAGAAAGAGUACCCAUUUUUUUUCUCCCUUCACUGUCAAGGUUUUCUGAUAUGAGACAUCUAUUUCUUUAACCAAUUUUGUUUGCUGGGCUUGAUUUGGUGAUUACGGAUAAGAGGUGGAGCUGCCUCUAUUCGCAGUUUUGGGAUUCAUCGCAAUUCUUUUGUUGCUACACCUGACAUUUAACAGUAGUUACAAAGUUCCAAAACCAAACAGCAGCAAACAGACACGCUGUUUCUUUUCAGAAAUAAGCACAAGAAAAUGAUUUGAAAUGAAAUGGUGUCAUUUGCAGAGUGUGAGGAGCUGUUAAUCAAGGAGACCUGAAAAGUGGCAAUUUGCCUGUUCAAAGAUCCCAGAUUAGUCUCAAAAGUAAAAUUAAAAACUGCUUGCAGUGUGGCAACAGCUCAAUAGCUCUCUAGUUAGAAGGGUACUGUAUGCAACUGAACUACAAGCUUAGUGAAUGAACCGGACAAGCAUAGUAUGACAAGACAAAAUCCUUGGUAUAAAAACAUACUAAUGUGCAUAUAACUCAAGAGAUGAUGUUUGCAGAAUUUUUACCCCCAUAAAUAAAAUAGAGGCAAUGUAUAAAAGGUUGCACGUAAACUUUUACAUUCUUUUCAUGCAUUGCUUGUAUUUUUAUCUGUGUACGUUAAUUUUAAGUGCAUAGGCACAUAAAUACUGGAAAAUUCUGAAAAUAAGCCCCUCCAAAUAUAAGCCCCCGAAACCGGUAACGCAAAAAACUCUCCGUUAAAUCGCCCCUCCAAAUAUAAGCCCCCCAGGGGCUUGUACUUGGAAAAUUGCCCUCAAAUACAACGUAAAACAAAAAAAAAAUGGUAAAUUUACUUCCAACUAUAAGGCUAGCCCUAUCGAGUUUGAAACGCAAAUUUCCCGCCGUAGAUAAGCCCCUCCGAAUAUAAGCCCCUCAAAAAGGGCCUUUGAAAAAUAUAAGCCCCGGGGCUUAUUUUCGGAAUUUUAUGGUAUUAUGCAAUGUCAGUGGAAAUCCAACCUUACCCUGGAACAAGUAUGAGAUUAUUGUUCUUCAAUUUCGAAAAAUCUAUUUCAUACAUGUAUUUUUGUAUGUAUGUUUUAUGUCUAUCGUGUGAGCUAUAAAUUGUGUUUUUAUUUUCAGUGUAAACGUUGUAAAGGUCCUUAGUGGACUUUUGUUAUUUGGUUGCUGAAAGGACCACACAGGAAAAAGCUUUACCAAUGGGUCAUGCUCAAGACUGAGUGUGAUGUUAGCAGGAAUGCUAAUUAAUUUGUGUAUUUCUCUAAGGGAACAAAACUGUGGAUAAUAAUGGAAUAUCUUGGUGGAGGAUCAGCCUUAGAUUUGGUAAGUAAGUUUUACUAACUUUUGCAGCUGUAGAUUGAUGUCAGGAAAGUCAAAAGUGUAUCUCAUUUGCCCCCGAUAAUUUUGCAGAAAAAUGUGUUUUGAAUUUGGUUGAGCUGUUUUCUCAUCACUCUCUGGCUACAUUAUGGACUCAGAGCAGUGACAACGAGAACUGGCAGCGGCAAUGUGAAAGCCCUCAGGCUAAACCCAAAUGACCAAAUUCACAUGUCUGGUGGGAAAAACAUCUGCUGUUGCCAUCACAUCGCAACGUGAGAAUUGGUAUUUUGCCGUUGUGACAAAGCACAAGUACCAAACUGCAGUUUUUCAUGGCAUUUUUGCAAAAAUCUUGUAAAUUUCCAACAAAUGGCAUUUAGAAAAACUAAUAGUAAUUUUAAGUAAUUUUUUGGGCUGAAAAUAUUGUGAGCUACACGAGUUAAGCUGCGUGAGAGAUUGACAUUUGCAAUGUGUAGGGGUUAAAGAAUGCCAUUUUAUUACAUAAAUCUUAGUCCUUGAAAACUGUAAUUAUUUUGUCCUCGAAAAAUCCUUGAAAAGUCCUUGAAAUUUGUUUGUCAGAAGUUGUAUGAACCAUGGACAUGGCAAAGGGGCCCUUUGAAAGUGGCAAUUUUGACCGAUUGGUGAAAAUGGGAAAUAUGGCGAAAAUUUGUCUUUAGCCUUGACUACAUUCAAAUAAGAUGGCAAAGGGGUCCCUUUGGAUAUCUUUGAAUCUUCACCAAGCCUUUUGUGAAUUUUGCCAAACUUGCCAUUUUUGUUGUUUGUUUCUGGACAUACCCUUUCAAUUUUUUUUUUGUACAUGCAAACUCCAAACGACGUUUUUUAAUGGUACAAAAUAAUAAUAAUAAUAAGAAGAAGAAUAUUUAUAUAGCACCUAUCCAGUAAUAGAUCUAGACGCUUAACAAAGUGAAAAUUUUAAGUCAGUUUGAAUGAUAUUCGGACUGUGAACUUGUUCCCAACAAAUUAUUAGUCUCCCUUGUGUAAGCAGCGAGACUCAUAAUCGGCAACGCGUUUUUCUUCGUAUUUAGGACACAAAAGGGGGGUCAUUGUGCCAGGUGUUCCUGGCGGAGACCUUGGAAACAGGGAAUAAUUUUCAUUGCGUGGUUGAAGCCAUGCAUGUUUUGCAAAGAAAGCUUAGGAAAGAUUAAAUUUAGAGCUUUUCCGAAAAAUGUCGGUCCACGAAUUCUAUCGCCUCAAAGCGUUGAUUACUUUCGAACAAGUGAACACUACUUAGUGGUUAAAAAAAAAAUAAGAAUCUCAAUUAGCAAAACUGCGAUGGUUUGGUGUUUUAAACUUUUAUUGUGUUCAAAUGGGUCUUGUGAUGAGCAUGCGGUUUAUUUUUGGCGAUGAUUGAAAUGACGUGCCAUGUGAAUCACUUUGUGGAUCUCUGGCAAUGAUGUAAUUUCUGGGGAAUCGAGGCCCUUUGAAAUUUUGCGUAUUUAUACACGUGUAUAGCCUGCGACCGCGAUAUCGACGACGAUAAAGGGGGAAGUGAAAAACCUUUAGUGAGUAAGUCCUGUUUCGUGUAGAAUUAAUCGCCUCCUCAUUUCUCGAUCUAAUCUCCAAGUAAGCGAGACUGAACGGAGCUGUAAGAGCGUUCUUGUUGUACAUUACUUUUAUUGCCUCUAUUUUGCAUUUGGUGCCAGUGAACUUUGGUAUUGUUUGUUAAGAACUUUUUUACCUUUAAUGCGUUAAUGAAAGUCAUCUUGGGAAGCUCAGCAAUCGGCGACAAAAUGGGUUGAGACACUUCGCCCUAAACUGGGCUUUUUUAGCUUUUACUGACUUCAAAAGGAGAAAAUAUAGCUUUUCCUCCCCCAUCCCCUCUGUGCAAUAUUGUACCGCUGUUUUUUGUUCUCUGAAGCUACCCUAUUUGAGUACAAUGUCUCAAUCGCAAAAAUGGCCAUACAUCCUUAAGAAAGUUAACAUGGACUCCAUCAGGACAUUGAGUAAUUUCAAUUUUCAGUGGACAAAAACCUUGUACCAAAAUAAUCUAAACAAUAUCGCCUUCUUUUUUACAUUUUUCAAGUGCUACAGAUAAUUAGUUAUCUGUAAUAACACCAACGAACAUUUCUCAUGGGAACUGGAGAAAAUAAAUGUCAAAUUUUGUAAGAAUUGUGGAAACACAGAUAAAAUUCUGAAAAUUUCAUGUGUAAGAUGUCAUUUUGUGAAAUUUGACUUUUCUUUUCUCAGGCUCCCAUGAAAAAUAGUCUUUGGUGUUCUUACAGUUAACUAAUUACACCUAUAGCCCUUGAAAAAUGUAAAAAGAAUGCGAUAUUUUUAAAGUUAUUCUGGUACAAGUUUUUUGUCCACUGAAAAUUAAAAUUACUCAAUUUUCUUUGAUGUUUAAUAGGAAUUUCAACGAGUAACCAGGAUGAGUAUAAAAUAAAAUAAUUAGAUUAUCUUUAAGACCAAAGUUGGUUACUCGUGGUUACUCAUGGCCAGUCUCCUCCCAACCUCAUAGUUUCUACUGUAAAGUACAUUCUUCGAAGACUCUUCAACAGUAAGUAUAUGGGUAACUAAUCUACUGUGCAGAUGUCGCGAUGCUGCGAUGUUGCUGCGCGUUAGAAGUCGGAACAUUUUUCCUGAAAAUUCUCCAGCGCAUAGCAAUCAUGGCUAUUUUAUCAUCGCUCACACCCUUAUUGGAUAGCCAAACUUUGAAUAAACUCUUCAACUUACUAGGGAGAUAUUCAUAAACAAUAAUUAUAUUAUCUGUCAUCCGGAUUCCUGACAACCACACUUAGAUACCAGAGGAAGUCAAUCAUUUGGUACGUGGGUAUGCUGCGUAAUUACUGGAAAACACUACCGAGUAAAAAGAUUGGCAAAACUAAUUUCCCCCGAAAAAUACAGCAACGCAAUUAUAUGGUUAUCUUAUCUAUCUUGUUAAAAACGACCUGUUGAAUAUAGUAAUCUCAACUAGUUAUCAUCUCUUAACCUGUGCUAAUAGGACAACAACAUAUAGAUUUUGAUUGUGAGAAUUGGCGACAAAAUGGGUUGACACACUUCACCCUAUAUAAACUGGGCUUUUUUAAGUUUUAGUAACUUCGAAAGGGAGAAAUAUAGCUUUUCUCCCCCAUUCUUUCCAUGCAAUGUUGUGCUGCUGUUUGAGCUACCUAUAGAAAACAACAAACACCCCAACUUUGAAUGGAGGGGACAGGGAAGAGGUGUUGAUUCUUUUGUUCUCUGAAGUUACCCUAUUUGAAUACAAUGUCUCAACAAGUUUGUCGCCAUUUUGGUUGUUUGUUUUUUGGUUUUAAGGAUAGUUCUGCUUUGCUUACAGAGCAGCAUUGACAUUUCAGUGAGAAUAACAUUAAGAAUGUACGCCAUUGUCACCAUUGUAUCUUUCUGUCAAACAAAUCACUGAGUUGAGUUUUGGAAUAAAAGUUCCUAUUUUUUUACGAACGUGUUUUUUUAUUUUCCUAUUUUCUGAGGGUCAUUUGCCACUUGACACCCUGCACUGGAUAAAAGUCUAUCCACUGGACAGUGAUUUACCCCGGGGAUAGCAUCAUCCAACGUUUGAACAAUAGAUUUCCCGUUCUUUUUAGAUGAAGGCUGGUGCAUUUGAAGAGUUCUACAUUGCAACUAUUAUUCGGGAGAUCCUUAAGGGCUUGGAUUAUCUUCACUGUGAAAAAAAGCUUCAUAGGGACAUUAAAGGUUAGUGGCGUGAAUGCUUCAUUUAGACAGCUUGUGUAACCAGUUACGUUUAGUUUUGAUUAAAGUGUAGCCUGCGAACGGCAGACGUUUCUCCUCGCUCAUCGCCAUUGAGGUACGCGAUGAGUGAGGAGAAACGUCUGCCGUUUGUAGGAAAAUUCAGUAGACCAUUUUGACAAAAAGACAAAAGUGAAUAAUACUACCUCAGUCCUUCCUUUUUUUAAUGAAAUACAUUCUCUUGGCCUUAAGUUUCCGUAAGUACUUUGUCAUUUUAUUUUCAAACUGAUAGUUAGUGGUAUUAUUUUGAUCUGUCCAGUCAUCAUGUCUGACCACAGGAUAGGAUUUCAUCAUUUUCUAAGCAUGUGUCACACUCCUGUUCUCCCGGUAAACUUUUACCGUUCAAGCAACACUUCUUACCGUUCAUAACCGCGGUAAGGUACUAAAAAAAACAAAAUAACUUGUUUUCAAAAAUACCUGGGGAAGGAUCUGGAUCUGGGGACAUGGUAAUGAACUUGCUAUAUGAAAUUUAUACUAAAGUCUCACAAAUUUUUCCCAUUUAAGACCUGUUUUAUUGGAAAUCAAACGUUUUUAGUUUAGUCCAAAAAAAAACGUUUGAUUCCAAUAAUAUAAAAUAGGUCUUAAAUGCUCUAGGGAAAGACAUUUAUACUUUAGAAUUAGCUUCCAAAUUUCGUUCAUUACCUUGAUCCAUGUCCCCAUCCACAACCUCCCUCCCCAGGAAAGUUUUUGAAAACAAGUUAUUUAAUUUUUUGUUUUUUUGCCUUCAAGCCUUAUGGCGGUAAGGUCCCUUCACCUGCUUUACAAAACCGUUUGAUAAGGAGAACACUGACAGUUUUGAUGGUUAUACAGUAUAUGUAUGCCUGUAUUUCUUAGAUUGGCCUUAUAACCCUUAAGGGGAAGCGGUCAGAUAAGUUGCGGGUACAUGGUGCCUAUUUUUCCAAUGAUUGUUUGGAUUUACUUGUCCAGCUGUGGUGUUCUUAUAUUUGAUGAUCAUUAUUUAUGCGAGUUAAUAAUGUUUAUCAUGGGCCUGGCUGACUGACAUGCCCAUGCCUUUAGUAUUGUUCAUGUGGUCAGUUGUGUAGUGAAGGCAAAAUUGCCAAGUUCAAGCAGUUUUUUGGGGGGCAAUUUUGUAAGUUGCUUCUCAAAUCUCAAAUCGUUAUUUUAACACGGUAAAAAUUCUUCAGGUUUUUUGGUACAAUAUAAUAUACCAACUACAUAACAAUAUUUAAUAACAAUACAGUCGAACCCCGCUAUUUCGAAAUCCCAAGGGAAAUGGAAAAAAGGUCGAUUUAGCGGGGUUUCGAAAUAACCGGGGAAGCGUAAACGGGAAGGGUAAAUCCAAGGGAAUUCGAUCUUCCUUCGAAAUAGCGGGGACUUCGAAUUAACCGAGUUCGAAAUAGCGGGGUUCGACUGUAUAUACAUAUCUAAAGAGUCUCUUCAGUAAAAAUACUACUUAUAAUUACACUAAACUAGACCUGUUUUCCAUGAAUGCCGUGUAUCUAACUUAAUUAACUAGAGUGAAGGUUUAACAAUUGCUUAAAACGAAGCAGCUAUUACUGAGAUAACUGAGAUUGGCCGAUUAUUAUUCACAUCAGUUCGCUUACCUUGUUUAAACAAUGGAGUCAUUCUAGCGCAUUUAUGUGUUUAUGUUCGGAAUUUGCAUUUAUGGCCGCAGUUUGAUCCUCUAGGGAUUUUACGUCACAUCUCGGUAUUUAAGCCUUGUCGCCUCUCGCGUUAGUCACUCGACACAACCAGUUUUACCGCUCGCACCUUGCCGAGCUUAAUUUUUCUAGUAUCAUGUUUACGUUUAGUCUCGUAGUUUACAGUGAUGUAAUUCGUUUUUCUCCGCCACUACUUUAUUUCUUGUACGUUAGCUUUUUCUCGUCCCCAAUAAACACAACUGGUCGUGUCCUUCCUAUUUCAACGUGUUGUUGCCUUUCUGCUGAUUAGAACUUAAACGUUUUCUCUGCGGCGGAACGCAGUGACAUAGCAGAGAACCAUUCAUCUGGAAAUAAACCAGAACUUAAAGACUUGUUGAAAAUAUUACAUAAAGGGAUCGAGAUAAGAUCCGCAGAUUCCCGAAUAAGUUUGCCUGAAAUAUUAUUGAGACCUGUUGCUUUGGAUUUAGAUAAUUUAUUUAGGAGAGAAAAAACAUUGCUACUACUAAUUGGACCACAGGUAACCCAGGCUCUGUGAUAGUACCACAGUACGGUUCCAGUAAAAUUACAGUGUUUGUAUGGGGUAAAAAUAUCAUCCUAAAAUUUCUAGGAAAUACUAAAUAAAGAUCAAUGAAACUUACUCUGCAGUUAAUUGUUGUUGUCCUUAUUGCUCCAACGAAGUUUCGUGAUAAUUUGCAGUAAUUUGUUCAAAUUCACUCUAUCUACAAUAAUAAUAUACAAGGUAGGAAACACGAGGUGCCAUUUUCGCCGACAUGCUCUCAUUCAACACAACUUUUUCCACGAAAUUCGAACUCCAACGGAAAAUAAACACGCCAGGAUCGUAGAAAUAGGAUAGCAGCAGAUAUAGAAACCAAUGAAGCUUUCCCAGAUAGAGAAACGAAUCCCACAGACUUGGACAAACUCGAAGAAUAUAAUCCAAACACACCGAGAAUACGCUCGCCGAAGCAGCCGGGCCAGAUCAACGCGCGGCCAAGAAAAUGAAGCCUGGGCACUGUACAAAAAAAUUCCAUCCCGGGAGUCCAAGGAGUGACCUUUCUAGGGACCGAUACAUCAUUUGCCCAAAGCCACCCUCCCCUGCUGGAAAAAUACUUGAUGGAAGGCAAUUGUUCUUCCUAGCCAAUCACCAUUUGCCAGAGCAAACCCCGCACACGCGCCUGAAUUUAAAUGGCUAAAAAAAAGUAAUAUAAUCAGGAGAGUCUGCGGAUUUACAAGGUGUCCCAUUUCCCCGACCCAUUUCUUUUACUAAGGAAUGCAAAUAACAGUAAUGAAACUAAUGAAAUAACAACGCGAAAUGCUUACAAGGCGGGCUAAAAACAAGGUUGAACAAAAGGUAGAUGAUGACUGAGAUACUGUUGCUGUGAACUCUCGAGCGAAACUAUCGUAAAUAAACGGUUUACAAACUAAUGUCAAAAAUUAUACAGAAAAUUGCGACAGAAUAUUUGCGAGACUGAGACGAAUUGAAAACUAGUAAACAAAGAACUAAAACAUAUUUCAUUAAUGCGGCAGUAACACGCCGACUUCUUGUCAAUACAAGUGAACGCUCUAUCGGUUAAAUAUUUCAUCGUGAUACACCUCUCUUUGAAUUUGGUCCUGUUGUACAAAUGCCUCGGUAAGAGCCAAAAUUCCCUUAUAUGUUUUGGUCCUUUUAAGUUUUGUAAAUCGUCCUUCGUGGUUCUUUCUUUUGCCCUUAUAACCUUGCCCUAUUGAUGUUUGAUAAACUUUCUGAGGACCAGCGCCAGGAGCUGAAUAUAGUUCAAGAGGAAAAUAAUCUCUUUAUAACAGGCCAUAGUGAUUGGCUAGGAAGAACAAUUGCCUUCUAUCAAGUUUUUUUUCAGCAGGGGAGGGUGACCUUGGGCAAAUGAUGUAUCGGUCCCUAGAAAGGUCACCCCAGGACCCCCAGGAUGGAAUUUUUUUUUUCGGGUGCUCAGGCUUCAUUUUCUUGGCCGCGCGUUGAUCUGGCCCGGCUGCUUCGGCGAGCGUAUUUCUCUCAAAUAUUCUUCGAGUUUGUCCAAGUCUGUGGGAUUCGUUUCUCUAUCUGGGAAAGCUUCAUUGGUUUCUAUAUCUGCUGCUAUCCUAUUUCUACCAUCCUGGCGUGUUUAUUUUCCGUUGGAGUUCGAAUUUCGUGGAAAAGUUGUGUUGAAUGAAUGUCGGCGAAAAUGGCACCUCGUGUUUCCUAUCUUGUAUAUUAUUAUUGUAGAUAGAGUGAAUUUGAACAAAUUACUGCAAAUUAUCACGAAACUUCGUUGGAGCAAUAAGGAAAACAACAAUUAACUGCAGAGUAAGUUUCAUUGAUCUUUAUUUAGCAUUUCCUAGAAAUUUUAGGAUGAUAUUUUUACCCCAUACAAACACUGUAAUUUUACUGGAACCGUACUGUGGUACUAUCACAGAGCCUGGGUUACCUGUGAUUGGACUGAAUAUGAACUUGUUGUUGCUGCUAACAAUGCAAACGGCAUAACUUGAACCGUCAGUAACAAGGGGUACCUCAUUAGCAAGUUUGGUUCCAAUUGUUGAAAAGUAAUAAUAAUAAUAAUAAUAAUUUUAUUUAUAUAGCGCUAAAAUCCAAUAAUUGUCCAAAGCGCUACCUAAUUACAAAAUAAAAUAUAAAAAAUCUAAAAUAUAAAAUAUCUACAAUAUACAAUAUAAUUCAAAUAUAGCCUAAGUUAUCUACUAUAUAAAUCAAAAACAUCUCAAAACAAAAGGAAUCUCAUAACCUAUAUGCUAACUUAAAUAAAAAGUUUUACUAGAGGUAAAUUGUUCCACAAUUUAGGUCCUGCAAUAGAGAAAGCUCUGUCUCCAUAUGUUUUCAAUCUGCUUCUUGGAACCACUAAGUAUUCUUUACAUGAAGAACGCAAUGACCUAGAGUAUGUUUUAAAAUUCAAAAGGUCAGAAAUAUAAGAAGGUGCAAGGCCAUGAAGGGCCUUGUAUACCAAUAAAAGGACUUUAAAAGUUAUUCUAAACUCAACUGGUAACCAAUGAAGAUUAAUUAAAAUAGGAGUUAUAUGAACAUGCCUCGGUGUCAAUGUGACAACACGAGCUGCAGCAUUCUGAACUGCCUGUAGUCUAGCUAACAGAUACUUAGGAAGGCCAUGUAAUAAGGAAUUACAGUGAUCAAGUGGUCAUUAAAUGCAUUGGAAAGCUCGUGAGAAUUGGUUGCAGAGUUCUCGUUAGUUUUAAUUCUUUCACAGACGCGUUAUUUUUCGGAUGGGACGUGAGUUUGUUAAUCAUUUGGCAGGUUUUACGUGAGUCCCUAUUAGACUGAAUAAACGCAUUAGCAUAAUAGGAUGCCUUGGUACAUGUAGAUUUAACUUCUUCAUUGAUCUUAUCACGUAGCCUUUAGUACACAGCCCACUCUUGAGGAUCGUUUGACGUAAUAGCUUUCCGUUUAGCAACAUCGCGAUCACGCAUACCUUUCCGCAGGUCUGAUGUGAUCCAAGGUACUGCACAGUACCUUGCCUGACCUAACAUGUUUUGUUUUGAUUGGAGCAUGACUGUUCACAAUAGUAAAAAAUUUAGCUUUCCAGUCAGCCCACAAAACGUUCGGGUCAUCACUGGUACAAGACCAAUCCUGUCGAGAAAUAUCCCUGUGAUAAUUUUCUUGAUUAAAAUGUGCAGCGUUUGUUCUUGUGUUGUUUUUAGCUGCCAAUGUGUUGAUGUCAGAAAGUGGUGAUGUGAAGCUUGCAGACUUUGGAGUUGCAGGGCAGCUUACUGACACACUAAAUAAAAGAAAUACAUUUGUAGGAACACCUUUUUGGAUGGCUCCAGAAGUGAUCAAACAAUCUGCAUAUGACUCCAAGGUAAGUUUCAUAUCCUAACUACUUUAAGACUAUGCAGUUUAUGAGUUGGUCCUAACCAAUUAAGGAGCAUUUCUCAGUGUCAAAUCCCAGCCAAAACGGAAAUAAGCAACCUCUGUCAUCUUUCUCUUCAAGGGAGUCUCUCAAAGGACCAUAACUCGUAAUUGCUGUUUGGUAAUUGGUAGUAGAAAAGUUUAACUUUUUUUCUAGGUUUUGAUCAUUAACAUCUAGAUUUUGAGAGCCAAAACACAUGCUUACAUUUUGUAUAGAGAAGUACAUGUAGGGUAUUUUUUAACAAGACUAAACCAUUAUUUGGGGAUUUUCGUUGAAUCCAACCAGUGAGAACUAAGGAUAGAGAAACGUUCUUGCUACAGACACUCCCAGAAGAGGACAGCGCCACUUAUCUUUAUGUCCUCUACCAUUUAACUUUGAGGCUUCCCCAUCAUCAAUUACUUUCCUUAACUAGCCCAAAGAAUUCUCAUUUUAGAAUUGAAGGAUGAAAAGAGCCUCUGCUAUUUAGUCAAAAUUAUUUGAGUUUGGUUGGCUUUACUGGUGAUUGAAGUGUUGGAUGGUAAUGAAAAUUGAACGAUUUGCGGGUACUUUCAUCUGUUGUAUUGUCUAUGAGUAGAUUAAUGCCGAGACGUAGAAAUGUUCCUGAUAAAGCAAUUCAUUCGCUUGUAAGGCUACUUAACAAUGUUCACUGCAUUUAAGAAGUUGUUAUAUGUAGACCAAAAACAACAGAGGGCUAAGAAUGCUCCCCCCGCUGGAAAUCUGACUUGGACUGGCAACAAGGUGAAUUGCACAUUUCCAACAGUGGUUUAAUAGCUGGAAAUGAUUGCCGAGGGGAGAUAUAAACCACAGGAUGGUUGGCAUACUAGUAGCAAUACAGUCCAACUGUGCCUACAGAAGGUCAUGGUAGAUUGUGUUGAGGGUCUUCGAAAGAUUUAGAAGUACAGUCCCAGUCCUUUGUAAAUUAUCUCUACAACACUGACAAUGCCCGUAUUUGUUACCCUUUCAAGGUCAUGAACACAGUUGUAUUAAACUGUGACCACAGUUACUUCGUGUUCUAUGUGGCCAUUUUGUCAAAGGCUUUAAAUAUAUAAAGACCCCUGUUUAUACUAUAAAUUGAGGGGCAGUAUGUGACACUCAAAAAACUCUUUGCCUUUAGAAGAGGUUGUAGAAGUACAUUUAUAAUGAUGUUUCCUCUUACAUAGGCAGAUAUUUGGUCUCUGGGAAUAACAGCAAUUGAACUAGCUAAAGGCGAGCCACCGAAUUCAGAUCUCCAUCCUAUGAGAGUCUUGUUUUUAAUUCCCAAGAACAACCCACCUGAAUUGAAUGGAAAUUUCAGCAAGGCCUUCAAGGAAUUUGUGGCCAUGUGUCUCAAUAAAGACCCUAAUGAUGUAAGUCAUACAACAGUUAAGUGCUUGUAAACGUAUUUCAAGAACUUGCAAGUACCAUAAAAUUCUGAAAAACCCAGGGUGUACAUGUUUAAAAGGCUUUUUUUGUGGGCUCGAUAUUUCUGAGGGGCUUAUUGUAGGAGGAAAAUUUGCCUUUCAAGCUCUUCUGAGGUUAUGGCGGAGCUUACAUGCACUGUGCAUGUGCAGCGGAGCGUCUAUUGCUAUAGAAGUUGGAAACCUAUCUAUGAGAGAAAAAUAUGUUAUGACGUCAGUGUACGUAAGUAAAAAUAUUCUUGUCAUUUCUAAUUUUGUUUGAUUUACUGAAAAAACGUUCCAAAAUAAAUUUUUAAGGUUAUGCUUUUGGUCACACCCUAGGAUUUAUGACAUUAAUGCGCAAAACAACUGUAGCCUUUUGUCAUUUUAAGAUUUUAUCUUUUCCUUUUCUUCUACUGCCACCUCAAAAUGACAGCUACUAUUAAGAUCCCUUUAUUAUUAAACGCCUGUUUUUAUUUGGUAUUGAUCUGAGGAAAACGUCGCAUCGGGACUAAUUCAUGGCUGCAUGUUUAAAACUUCAUGCUUGCUUUCGAGCAGAGUAUUUCUGACCACACUUACCAGCUUUCAGGAGCUGCAUCUCAGAUGAGCUUAAAAACUACACCUAUUGCAUUAUUUCUGUCUUGUGAAAGGGUUGAACCCAGAGGUUAUUUCAUAAGUAGUUUGAAUAUGAUCAUUCAGAUGAGAGAAGUCCAGAAUAGGACUGUUGUUGACGGUGACUUGCAUUUCGACAACGUAUUUCUGUCUUGUUUGACUAUGUAGAUUAAGAGUCCGUCUUUUAUCUGGUUCGAAAUAAUAAGCUUAUAAACAUUUUUCUAGUUGCAAAUGGAAGGAACAAGUUUUAAAGGAUACGCAGUAUUUGUUGUAAGCGAAAGUCUUGCUUCGAGAUGCAUUCGUCUAGUAUUUGUCAUUCCAAACAUGAAGUCGGCUAGAAACAACGAAAAAAAUGAUUUAAAAGGAUUUCAGGAACAUUUCAUUCACACUACUUGCUAUGUUGGAUAAAGAGUGCUUUAUUGUACUUUACUUUAAUUCCUUUUUUGUUUGUCAGUCAAGAAUGUUAAACACCUGGAUCUGUGUAUCAAACAUGAAGUUUAGUGCCUCUGAGUGUAAAGUGUUAACAGUCACUCGGAAGAAUUCACCUUUAACGCAUGAAUAUCACCUUGCCAAUACUUAUAUAAAACGUCUUUUGGAAGAAAAGGACCUCGGGCUUAAUAAGGCUUAUCAUCUCAAGCAGUUUAUCCUGGGACUCGCAUGUUAUGCAUAUUGUACUCAAGACUAACAGAAUGGUAGGUCUCCUGAAGAGAACCUGUCCACUUAUUACGGAUGUUGAAGUCAGGCGGACACUUUAUCUCUCUCUAGUGAAGUCACAACUCUCUUAUGCCACAGAUUGUGGUCUCCCGGAAGUGUCAAAUUGACAUCGAUCCUAGAAAGAGUCCAGAGGUGUGCAACUCGCUGGAUACUCAGAACUAAAAUCGGCGAGGUCUCCUACAAACAACGAUUGCUGACGCUUCGACUACUUCCACUGACUUAAGAUAGGGAAAUUGGAGAUCUUGUUUUCUUUUUUAAUUGCAUUUCUGAAUUUACUGACUUAAAUAUUGAUCGAUUCGUUACCUUUGUCCCGCAUGACCAGUCUCGUUCUCAGAAUCCUGCCCUAAUGUUUAAACGUGCCUACUGUAAAACCACUACUUUUCAGGCGUCUUUUUUUACUCGGAUUGUAAAACCGUGGAACGCUAUUUGCAAACUAGCUACUUCCGACAUAGCCUGCGAACGGCAGACGUUUCUCAGCGGCGAUGAGCGAGGAGAAACUUCUGCCAUUCGCUGGCUACUUCCGACAAAUUCUGCAGCCUAAGCAUUUUUAAGAUAUUAUCUGCGUGCUACUUCCUUUUCCUUGUUAGAUACUACUUUUGACAUGCCCUGCACCUGGUUCCUCUCUCGCAAUUGCCCGUGCCACCAUUCAUAAUUUGCAUUUUAAUUACUGUCUUUUGCACGUUUUUAUUAGAUUCCACAGCUCAACUAUUACAUUUUAACAACCGUUUUAAGAGAAUGUUUUUGUAGGUUUUACUUAGCUUGGGGUUGCGCCCCGCAUGGGUUCGCGCUAUUCCCCAUUGGUCUCUUUCAUGCUAGUAUUUGUCUUGUUUCUAUUUAUUUGUUAUAAUUGGACCAAUAAAUGUGUUUACAUUAAAAAAACUGAAAUUAAGGGCCUGUUUAUAUGGAGUGGGGGACCCCGGUCUAGUGGGGUUUGUUUCUUUUGUUUUCACGCUCUGGGGGACACAAAACAAAAGAAACCUACCCCACUAGACUAGGGUCCACCACUCCAUGUAAACAGGGUCUAAUUUUGCGUUAUGUCGCUUUUUUCGUAAAGUGUGGGUCAAACCUGUACAAGAAUGAAAUCAAAAUUGCUUUAUGGAUGCAUGGUGUGUUAUUUGUGUCUAUUUACACAUUCUUUCUCCUCACCAAAAAGAAAGUACAUGAAACAGUUGUUGUUUGUUACCAACAGACUUAUACCUUUGUUAAAACAAGUUCACCGUUUUAGAAUAAGUAUUACAUUACAAAAACUAAAUAAAUAAUGUUCCUUCGUUUCGAUGAACUGUUGACGCCAUUACCAAGGACUGGAAAUAAAUAAAUGUGAGUUCAAAAAGAGUUAAGGUACUCUAAAUUUGGAUAAAUGAAAUGGAGCUAGACAAAGACUGAAGCACGGACUGAGUCUGUUUUCACUUUCAAAGACGGUCUUAAUUGUUUGAUUUUACAGCUAGUUUACACUUAAAGGUUUGUUGGCCCGAUUUUGUAAAGAAAACAUUUGGUGAACACAGUAAUUUACCCGAUUUUGCAUCCAGAUCUUCUCUUAAGACAAAAAAAUCGAUUUAGACAUCAUAACGUAAGAACAAUGUUCAUAACCUGUAAAUUGGCAGCCUCCAAAGAGUUUCUAAUUAGCUUUUGAAAGGGCGGUGAUGGGGGUUCUGGUGCUUUAGUCUGGUCAAGAGUUCUUUUCCAAGCGCAUUAGUGUGAUUGAAUUUGAUUUAUCUCUUUUUUUUUUUUGGUGGGGGGGCUAUAUUUGGAGGAGCUUAUAAAUGGAGGAGCCUAUUUCCAGAAUUUUCCUCUACUCGCUAGUCAUUUUUGCCGACAACAAAUUACCCAAAAUAUAUCACAUGGAAGAGCUUUCAUUCCUGGUAAAUUUAUGAGACCAAGAAGUGAGAAAGGAAUUGAACUCAAUUGCAAGGAAAGUAAAAACGGUUUGCAGAUUUUUGAUAUCCCUCCAAACUCAAGCAUUUAUUGUGAUUAGUUGCAUUGAAGUGAAUUUGAAAUUAUAUGCUAUGAAGGGAGUCUUUGAAUGUGUUAUAUAAAAUUUGUUUGAGAGUUUUAUGUUUUCCUUAUGAAUAUAUAGAUUUAGCCAGGACUAAAACCGAAGCUCUUGUUAAUUCUCACGAAGUUAAGGCAGUGGCGCCCGCGAAGCGAGUUUAUAAUUUUGUCGUCCGCGGAUCGCGCGUGGAUUAUAGCGCCUUGUAAACUUGGUGGGCCCAUUUAUAUUUGUAUACAUCCGAUGUUGUCCGCAGUGUAAUGACAUCAUCAAUCGAUCAGCGUUGUUUUGACUGUUUUUGUGACCGUUUCGCCAAUCAAGAAAUGCUUUUGGCGAUUACUUUUGACGGCAAAAAUAUUUUAAUGAGAGCAAUGAAGCAAUUUGGACUAGUAGCUUCAAAUAAGUCGAGGUAAAAGAACAUUUGUCGUUGAUUUGAGAGUGCGUCUCACUCCGCUUACGAGCGGAGUGCUUUUGCAACAUUGCUGCAAAACAAGUUGAAUAGCGAUGUUGCGCAUUUUACCACCCACGAAAAAAACCUUGCAACCUUAUUUGUUGCAAGACAGAAAAAGAAAAAAAGCACACUUUCUUUGUGCAUUUCUUUGCCGUUGUUUUGCACGACUGCAACGUGAAACUACCUAGUUACACGUUUUGUGGAGGAAAUGUCGUAUGUGUUCCUGUUCGAUUUUUUCUCUUUUCCUGCUUUUUUGCCGCUCAUUUUCACCUGGGUGGCCGCUAGCAUUUCUCAUUUUUUCACCGCCACUACAAAAAGUUUUGUUUUUUCCUCCCACGAAAUUUGUCUCCUUGUGUUUUAUCUCUCGCUCUCGCUCUUUUUCUGUUAUCCACGUCAGUGGAAAUUUAGUCGAAAAAAAGACUCGGCAUUAACAGCUGUCAAUUCAUCUUCAUAUGGAUGGCGUAUAUAACUGACAGACUUUUGUAAUUUUCCAUGUCCAUGGGCUAGUGCCAUGCCCCAGUAUUGUGCUUGUGGUAAGAGUGACAUUUGACAUUGGCAUACAUUUAGCGGUGGACGGACCUACGGACGGUCACGUGAUUGCCAAAAUUUCUCGCAUCUAUAGGUUACCAUUUUUUCGUACCCAUAGUUCUCCACUAGCUCUGCUAUAAUCAUUAACCGGUGUAAAGUUCUUGAAGAGAAUAUUAUUCAUUUGACUCUUGACAAAGUAUAAAGGUGUGUUCAAUUGAGUUUAGACUGAAGCAGAAAGAUCUUUCUUGGCUGAUGGAAUUAUUCUGUGAUGACCUUAAAAGGGAAUUGUGUAAGCUUUUUAAAAAAUCUUUCAAGGACUUACAUAUCCUCUGGUUAAGUUUUCUGCCAAGACCUCAUUGCCAAGGGCUACUUUUUACAUUGUAAUUUGGUGAAGAUCGUUGUUCUGUCUUCCAUCUGAUAGUGCUAUGACAUUGCACUGAGCAGAUUAGGGACAGGAGAAUUUAAUGCCACCCUCCCCCAGCUGCAGUAGUUACAUUGUAAUUGAACAUGCAAAGACAUGUAGUUGACCUAAUUUCCAUUUUUUUUUUUUCUUCCGGGUCAGAAAUUUUCCUUUGUGAUGGCAAAAAAGUUCAUUUAAAUUAUUUAUUUUAUUUAGGAGUGGGAAGGUGUAACAAAUUGUUCAAUGAUGGCCCCACGGGAGAAUUGUAUUCUUACUAAAAGCUCUGCUCAAUCCGCCAUUCUGUUAGACGUACCAAAACUUUAUUCAAGCAAUUUCAUCUCCACCUCUAAUGUUUUUGCCGGUCAAAAUUUGUCAUUUGAUUAGCUGGCGGGAAAUCCUCCAAGAUGCUUGGCCUCUUGUGUUUUAUCUUUUUAUUGUGGUUUAAUUUUUUGUAGAAGUGAAACCGUACCUAUUUUAUUGAAAAGUUGUGAGCGAGUAAAUUAGUCCCUUAUUCUGAAUGCCAACUGAAUGCCAGAGUUGCAGUCUAGUCAAUGUUUUAUUGAUCAACGAAUGACUGAUGAAAUGAAAUGAACGACUGCAAAUUAUGGAUCUAAGAGGUAUUUAUGGAACCUUGUUCUUGGUUCUUAGUAAUAUUUUGCUAGAAUUGAUCUUUACUGGUUUCCAAAUUCAGAAUAACUGUAUGUUAACUUUUGUUGUAGCCUGUAAUCAUAUUGACUUUAAAAAUUAUUGGCCAGAAAAUAUUCAAGGCAUUAAAUUACGAAACCUGUGCCUUCCACUAGGUGUUGGUUUGUGCUGUAGCAACACUUUGGCACCAAAAUAUUGCACAUUGACAAAAAGACUGUUUGGUGGAAAAAUGACUGUUGGGGACUUUUUGAAUUAAAUUUAAGAUGAAAGUUACUAGUAAAUUAUGUGAUCAGUUACUAGUGUUUUUUAACCAUAAGGCUUUUGUUUUCACAGAGACCUACAGCAAAAGAGCUUCUAAAGCAUAGAUUUAUUAAAACUGCGAAGAAAAAUACGUAUCUGGUAGAAUUAAUAGAGAGGUAUAAAAACUGGAAGCAAAAGUGCCGUGAUGACGAUGACAGCAGCUCUGGAGAAGAAAAUGAGGAGUAAGUAAAGCAAAUACCCUUGGUAAUAUACUUUAUGAGAGACCAGACACGUGACCUUAGAAACCAUUGUGUUAUACAGACUUAAUCACCCAAUGCCACAAGGUCUCAGACUGAUAAAUAAAAAAGUUUUAAAACUUUUGCAGAAUGAUAGAGAUGAAGCGAGAUUUAAAAAUGGCGAAGUAUGAUUGCGCUGCAUGAAGUCCUGCCAGUCCAUGUUAAUCAAGAUUUGCCUUAAGCACUUAUUGAGAGAAUAGUGAAAAUUCUCGAUAGAUAGCUUUGCUGUCCACACAUAUCAGGGUAAUUUUAAGAACGCAAUGCUGCUGCUGUGGAUGUUACAGUACGCAUACAUUUUGUGCAUAUUUACUAAAUUAAAAUUUGCACCUCUUAAUUUCCACAUUGUUGGUUUUUGCGAAAAACAAGUAUAAUUUUGCCCAGCUUACGGCUCGAUUUUGAGGAGGUGAGCUUCAGUCUAACGAGCUGAAAAAGUUGUUGAAUUCUUCCUUUCACUUUGGCUCCAGAAAUGUGGCAAUAAAAGUUAAAUGCAGACAGGUGUCCCGAGUCGAGCACUUUGCUGCCUUUUUUCCCCGAUGCAAAUUUACAGCUUCUGAAAUUCACGCAAGAGUGGAAAGCAGACUUUCAAGAUGGUCAUGUGGUUAAAAAGUGAGCCUGUCCCUUUGACUGUGCGUUUUAUUCACUCUACUUUCUCUUCUUUUGCUUUUCUUUUCCCUUAUUUCUUUGUUUUACUUGGCAUUUACUGGAUUUCGGUGUGAUAUUUACUGUUUCACCCCAGUGUGCUCCAAUCUUUUCAAGCGUGUGCAGCAAUAUACCCAGUGCCUCAAUGCGUUGAAAUCCCAAGGAAGUUGCUUUUCUCUGAUUCAAGUACUUUUUCAAGUUUGUGCUUCUACCACUUCUCUUCCCUUCCAAAGCCUACUUUUUCACUGAGGCACUAGGGGAUCACUUGAGCUACUUUGUCAUGCAUCCAUCUCCUAAAAUACUUUUGGGCUAGGUUUUUGCAUUCAGAAACUAUGUGCACCACUGUUGCCUCUUCGCUAAUGCCACACCAUUUUUGAUUAUAUUCCAGAUAAUUGUUUUUGUUCUUCUAGCCGGGUCCUGAGCUGCUGUUAGUAAUCCCUCAUAGGUUCAAACCAUGAACCUAGUGUUUUCUUAUUGUUUGUCUCUUUAUGGAAAAAACCUUCCGUAGAAUAUCUGCCAAUCCCAUCAAUGUUGUUUUUUGGAUUUCCUGGGAGUUGUUAUUUCCUGAAAUUUUACUAUUGAGUUUCUUGAGAUCUUUCUUUGUCACUUCGCACCUUUGCGCACUGAAAUUUUUUUCUGUUUCCAUCAACCAUAUUCUGAUGAUUUUUAUUCAAGGUCUUUAUCCUUCAAUAACUUUUUCGGGAUCCUGGGUGAAAGUAUUUUUAUCAGAGGGUAUAGGCAAAUCAGUGAGAAUGUAUUUUUUUAAUCCUGAUUUAGAUUAUUAUUGAUGACAAUGCUAAGGUGGUUUGAUAUAUCAUAGAGGAUGGUGAUGGCAUUCCUUUCUUCCACCGUUUUUAGGUUGUGUUUGUACCACUUGUCUACGUUGUGCAAGUUGUACUCCCUGCAGAUUUUCCAGUGUAUGUAGGUUGCAACAUUGUAGUUCUGGUGUAUGUUUUCUGUUUUCGCCACCUCUGGGCAGUUGUGAGACAAUACAUUCAAUAGUCUCCUGUUAGUUGUUGCACAUGCGACAUACUUUAGUGGGGAUGGUUUGGUCAUGUGACACUAGAAUGAGCCCCUCUGAUUUGGCCUGGAGAGCACAGGAUUUAAGCUUUUUGUUUGCUGCUUUUUGUUUUACGUGGGCUUUGCAAAGGAACAAGGUGGUGAUCAGCGAAAACUCUUCAGGGCAAUAAAGGCACUCCUUAUGCCAAAUGAUAAAUUGUUUUUCCCCAAUUGUCAUGAUAAGGUAGCUCUGGCAAAUGACAUUGCCCCCUUUUUCCAUCGUAAGAUCCUUAAUAUCCGCAAUGACGGUAUCGAUGUUACCCAGAACAGAUGUGGUGACCAGAUUGACGACCCUGUUUUCAGCUCAAAUCUCGAACCACUACGUGUUUUUAAGGAACUGACAGAGAAGGAUGUAUACCAGCUCAUUCAGGCUUCAGCUAAGAAAAGCUGUAUGCUCGAUCCUUUGCCAACUUCUAUCUCACUGGCUAGCCUUGAAGAACUCCUUCAAUAAACACUUCUGUGGUUAAUUGUUCCUUGACUCUUGGACACUUUCCAGCUGCGUGGAAAGCUGCUCUAGUUGAUCCACGGCUCAAGAAACCUUGUCAAAGCGCCUCCCUUUCAAAUCUUAGACCUGUGAGCAAUCUCCAGUUUAUUUCGGAGCUUUGGCGAGAGCAGUGUACAACCAAACUCAAGAGUAUUUAGUGCGAUCAGAGUUUUACCCAACGCUCCAGUCAGCCUAUCGAGCAGGCCACAGCAUCGAGACGGCCCUCCUUAAGGUACACAAUGACAUCUUGCUUAACAUGGAUCACCAGAGAAUCACUCUACUAGUGCUGCUAGACUUGACACUUUAGAUCAUGAUCUAACCGCUUAGAAAAUGUCAGAAAACAUACAAGAAGACAUUCUGGUUACUAAUACUUUAGUUAUUCAAUGUUAGAUGAAUAACGAAUAACAUACUAAGUUUUACAAAAGGCCUUUUUUAAUAAUUAGUAAAAUGUAAGCGAAUGAAAAUCGGAACGAACUUUUGAAACACCCUGUAUGAGCGAAUAGUCUUUGGCGAUUCGAUUUCACUGGAGCAUGAUCAUCCAGAGCUUCAGUUAACAAUUUUUCCCAAGCCCAAUAUACAUGUACACCAAACUAAGGUCGCUACAAAAAGAGCCUUCAUCAAAGUUCUUGAAAGAGAGCCCCCGGAUAAUUUCGGCUUUAGGUUGCGGUAAUUUCUUAUUUAGAACUAUAUAAACUAGGCAAUGAUCACUGAGGCUAACCUCCAAAAUUCCCGAUUCUCUGAAAUAACCUGGAACAUUCGUCAGGAUAACAUCUAAGCAUGAAGAACGCUGAGAAGAUAUUCUUUUGGGUGAAUUGUUUAAAGAAUCCAGAUAAAAAAUGUCACAAAUGUCCGGUAGACAUCUUCCUUGGUUAUUAUUAUCCAAAGGAUUACUAAUAGCACAAUUCAAAUCCCACAAACAGAUAAUGUUGUCGCACAGCGAAGAAGCUUUAUCCAAUAGACUGUACAUGUCGGAAGUAAAUGGUACAUUAUCCACAGAAGGGGGCUUGUACGCUGCUAUCAGUGCGAAUCGAGUUUGACAGAUAGUUAAGUCUAGCAGUAUUGCGUCCACGAAUUUACAUACUAUUUUGAUGGGGAUGGCGGUGGUGCUAUCACUCACAAAGAUUUUGAUGGGGAUGGCUGUGGUGCUAUCACUCACAAAGAUCAUGACGCCACCACCAGUCUAAAAAUAUUAUAACCAUUCUCAUGCAAUUGAGAAUUGUGUCAAUUUUGAAUUCAAUGCAGAGAAUGGCAAAAACACCAUCAACAAACCAUUCUCUGAUUUCAAUUAACUUGCUAGGAAGACUAUUUACAUUUAGAAGGGCAAUUAUGCAUUUUUCUUGUUGGUUUACCAUGGAAGCUUGAUAGUUGGUUUUCCGUGAGAGCUCAUAUUUUGAAGAGGGUUGCCAUGAGCUGGAUCUUGCUCGAUUAUGUCUUCCACAUUCGCGAAAGGUAGCUUUUGUAACAAAUUUCCUAUACAAGUGGGACAAUCGCAGCAGUAAUUUAAGCAAGACAGAAGCUGUUUGUAGUGUUUCGCAGUUAUUCCACCCCACUUUAUCUGAGCCUGUUGGUAACAAGUAUCACAAGUAGUCGCUAAUUGAUUCUUAGCCACGGCAUGUCUACAAACAGAACACUUGCUUGUGGUUUUCCACUAAAGCUGUAUGUUACAAGCCAAGGUGUUAAUGGCUUCCACUCGGCAGCAUUAAGUUCUGUAGUACUUCUUUCAUAUCUUUUCUUUUAUGACUGCAUUCUGGAUGCCAUACCCAGAUAUUUCUUAAACCAAACAUUGUAUGUCUUGAUGCAAAACCUUAAUUCAAGGAACUAUUAAUGCUAUCAAUGCCAAAAAAGAAGGUAAAGCCCCUGGAAGGUGUGGUAUACAUGCAGAAAUCUGAAAGCAUGGCAGUAUGGAACUCGCCUCUAGGCUGCACAAACUGGUUCUACAGAUCAGAGAAACCGAGGUAAUACCACAAGGAAAGAUGCUAUCUAAUAUAGUGCCAGUCUCAAGAACUAUCGAGGUAAUUCUUUGCUCUCAAUACCUGGAAAGAUCUCGGCGCAGAUACUCCUCAAGUAAUACAGUACUUGGGCUUACGUUGUGUAACACCCUUGAGUGGAACAACAAUAUCAAGGAAAUAGUUACUAAGGCAAUAAAGUGUCUUGAUAUUCUUAGGGUCCUGAAACGGGCCUGGAUCCCCUCUAGUUACUUCCUCAAUGUCUACUUUGUAUUGAUACGCUGAUUUCUGGAAGUGUUGUGUCACCUGUCUAUUUAAGUGCCAAGCAAGUCCAGAAAAGAGCAUUGCAUAUCCUGUUCCCCAAUUAACCACUAUAAUGUCGCUCUUGAUGCUUGACGCAUUGACCUGUGCUUUAGGGUGUGGCAUAACAUCCGUGACCACCCAGAAUCACGCCUGCACUGCUUAUUGCCUUACAAUUUUCAGAGCCAGCCUUACAAUUUUCACUGUAGUAACAAAGUAUCUAUUUUACAUACAUAUAUAUUUUGGGCAUUAUUGUAACUCAGUCUCAGGAUAAGAUAAUGAAAUUGUAAACUUUUUUAAUUUACCUUAUUUUUUAAACCCAAUGUAAUUUACCUUCGGGUGCUAGUUUGUAAUUUGUAAUAUUAUUAUUAUUAUUAUUAUUAUUAUUAUUAUUAUUAUUAUUAUUAUUAUAGUGAAAUAGUUUUUAAUCGAAAUGGAUUGUUUUAAUUGAAGCGAAAUGUUUUUAAUUCAAAUAAUUUUUUAAUUAAAUGAAUUUUUUCAAAUCAAAACUAAGUGUUUUUUGCAAAUAGUGUUUUGACGCAAUUGUUUUUUUAAGCAAAAUAAUUGUAAAUAGUAUUUUAAUAGUUAGCAUUGUUGUCAUUAGAAUUACUAUUAUUUAUUUUAAAAAAUAUAUUAUAACUAUUAUUCGUGCUUGAUAUUUGGUAUUGGGUGUCUGUGGUAGAUUGGAAGUUCCUUCGCAAUUUCCUACUUUUGCAGGAUGAGGAUUUCCAUUUUAGAUUUUUGUUGACUUUCGUUUCUUAAUGACAGGCAUGUGAAUCUGUAUUAUUAUUAUUAUUAUUGUUGUUGUUGUUGUUGUUGUCGUUGCUGUUGUCCUUGUUAUUUUUGUUAUUGCUUUUAUUAUUGCUAUUAUUUUUAUUAUUAUUAAUGACUGGAUAUCUAUGGUUGAUUGGAUAUCCAUGUGCGUCGGUUCUGUGAGCACUAAUAAAUAAAUGACAAAGAUAAAAGAUAAAGAUAUUUUAUUUAUAUAUCGCUAAACCUGCAUUCAUCUUCUAAAAGGCUAAUAAAAACUGAUAAACACAAACAUAUAACAAACAGUACAGAGAAAAUAAAAACAAAAUACCGCAACCGCUGUACAAGAACAUGGUUCAUUGGGCAAACUGAUGUUAGGUUCUGUCGCCUACAUGCUGAAUUGUGUAAGGACGUAGAGCCACAACAGAUGUAUCAAAUGCAUGAGAACAAGAAAAAGCGUCCGCACUGAAGGAGAGUUUUAGACAUUGGGGAGCAUGGAACAUUUACACCUUUGGUCUUUACAACAAUUGACAGAAUGGAAACGGAAUGCCUGAGGUACCAUAGCCGAUUAGCGGAGCUAGUUGCCAUCAAGGAAGGGAAGUAAUAUGCCAAUACUUUGUCAUGGAUCAGAAGCCGAAUUUCAUUUGCAUUAUUGAGGCGUGCACUCGUUUGUCUUAGAGGCUAUAGGGCAAAAAGAAGACUGACAUCGAGAUUGAAAAUGCAGAAGGUCCAUUUAGGGAUACAAGGUUUUAUUCUCUUCAACAAUACUUUUCAGAAACGGAUAAAUUUUUUGUCCUGACUGUGCGCAAGUGAUAUUGUGCUACCAGAACUGAUGCCAGUAAAAGUAAAUUAUAAUGAUUUUACACUAUAUAAAGCUUCGAGUUAAAACCUGAAAUUUCGUCUUUCUUCGGUGCCGCAAAUUCAUACGACGAAGGCACGGUUCGAGUUUGUCCCUUGAGAAGUGAUGCCAUUUGCUUUUAUUGAAAUGAGUGGAUGAAAAUUGAUUGUUCUUUUUGAUAUACGAAUCAUGUCCAGUGACAUACAAAUCAUGUCAAAGAGAAAGCAAGAUCAACUAUUAAAGCUGAUUUUUAAGUCGUGGCACAAGCCGAUUAAUAAAAUGGAUUACAAAGAGAUAGGAAUUGCUGUUACUGAAAAGAAAAAAAAACAACUUAAUAACAGCCUGCAAACCACUAAGCUUAUGUCAUAUUAGGCCCCUUUGAAUCGUGGAAUAUAACACCUGUUUUAGUCGAUGAAAAUAAUUAAAUACGGCAGUUGAUUCAGACGUCGGAUAUAAUGAUGCCGCAGUUGAUUCAGACGUCGGAUAUAAUGGUGCCGAAUUUAACUCCGUUUGUUGUAAAUGUUCCCAGUCUCUAGAAAAAAUUGUUAUCCAAUAUGGAUAAGGUUUUCUACAAUUAAUGCAUUAUAUUGGUCACAUGUGAAAUGCGACUUCUAAAUCAAAUGUUGAACCUAAGUCGAAUUUUCGACUGUUUCAGUCGCAGAUGCGGCAAAGUCGUAUUUAAUUUGAAACUGUCCGGUUUAGUUGAUUCAGACGUCCCAUCUCAAAGCAGUUACCUCUCGAAUUAAAUUAGGCACGGGUGAAAUUCGACGAUUGAGCUGAGUAAUGAUAACAGUGUCCAGUAUUACUAAAAGUAUCGGUAGAAUAAAGCUACGAUACAUACGGUAUUUGUUAUAUUCCUGUGAACUUUGUUUUCAAUUUACCACAUAAUGUUACUUGCUAUAUGCACCACACAGGUUAAAAAGAGAGUAAAAAAGGAAAGGAAAAAAAAUAAGGUUACGAAAAAUUUUCUUCAAGAGGAUCCGAACCCAGACCAUCAGAAUCAGUUAGAACUAAAAGUUAACGCCUCUGUCCACUGGACCACCUCGGUAAACACUGACAAUUUGAGUUUAAAAGAGGUAUGCAUUCCGUCUCUAUGGUGUUGACAGUUUUCAAGGAUGACGUUUUCGUUUUUUUUUUUAAUUUCCGAGUAUAAUUAUAUCUUUAACUGAUCGAAACUAGACGUAAAGCUCAAGUAAACCCAUUAAUACUCUUUCAGGCUUGGUCCAUGCCGGGGAACGUUUAAGAAAUUUAUGAACUAGCGAUCGCGCGGCUACCGACUGAACCGAAUGACCUUACGAUUCUCUCCCUUCUCGUACUAAGGUGUCUUUUCAUCGGUCGGGGAAAACAUUAACACAACAUUGUUCAUCGUUAUUUCCAUUGUUUUAGGUUAGGGUAGUAAACCAUUUGGCUUUCAGGGUUAGAAGAGCUGCUAAAUGACCUCUCUCACCGGAAUGAAGAAAAGCAAUAUGGCCGCCAAAUACAUCCUUUUAGUUUUUAAAGUUCUCAUUUAUUAACAAACGUUGAACAUUUAUUUCGGCAAACAAACAGUUAAGUUGAAAAAGGAUUUUACAAAAGUCUCAAGAGUAGAUCUCCUUUUCGAUUUUAAAUUGCAAUAUCGGUCAAUGUACGCAGCUUUGAAACUUCUGGCUCAGUUUUUGUUUGCUUUUGCUUUGAAAAUGGAAUAAUUGCUCAGAGACAAUACAGUGUAAAGAAUUGUUGAGAAAAACGGCAAAAACUUGCCAAUUAAUGUCAAAAAUGGACUGAAACAUUCAAAACGCUUUGAUGACGUGACUGAUGACGUCACGUCUCCUUUUUGGUCAUGAAAAAAAUUAUAGACAUUUCUUUCUUUCAAAUUUUCUCUGCCGUCGGUCUAGUCUCCCGACUUUUUCGCUCAUGUUCAUCCCCCCCCCUUACCUUUUAAAUGUCGGACGUCAACUGGUUAUUUUUAAAUGCUCCACACAGCCCAAACCUCAAUUUUAACCAAAUAAUGAAAUCUUGUCACAGCAACAAAAAAGCCUAAUUCAGCGAUGGUCACGUGACUGAUGACGUUAUCACCCUAGAUGUGACAUGAGAAGAUAUUAAAUGGCAAAUAUUAUCUUGUUGUGGUCUGUCAGUCUUCUACGUAUAAAAUUCUCAAAGUUAUAAAGCUUUUUAAAAAAAUUGCCUCGAAGGAUUCUGGGAUAAUGUUUGUGAUAAUUAUAAUUUACUUUUAUAAUUAUGCCAUUUGUAAUUCUUGACUUGCUUAGUUAGUCUCUGAAGCACCGGGGCCAAACCAUGGUCCUUAGGGACCGGUCAUUAUUUAUGUGGGGGGGUGGGGGGGAAAUCAUGGGGUGGGCCAGGCCUAUUUUGUUUAGAGAAAAGGGGUGGGCUAAAAGAGAAUUUCACGAUGAUUGAGGGUGGGUGAUUGUGUGUUUUGUAAAGAAUCACACUCUCUACAAUUCAUGUGGAAGAUCUAAAUAAAUUCUAAUGCAAUGCUGGACAUAAAAUAUAACACAACUGGAUGUCACAUGUGGCAAUCCAACCUAAGUAUGGAGAAUCAAAGAUGUGGGCAAUAAAUAUCAAUAAAUAAACAUAAGCCCUAUUGAGAAGGCUUGCAUGCUUCUUUUUCUUAAUAUAACUGUCUGGGAACUUUUACUACCUGAAGCUUGAACAGCUAGAAAUCAUUAUUGGUUUCAAUAAUGGAUAUUGAAUUCAUUAUUCAAUUUAGUGAAAUCAAAUUUUUCCAAUUUUCAAAUCAAAAACAGUUUGAAAAUUCGUUUUUUAAUUGAAUUACUAUUUUUGGUUUAAUGACUUCAAUAAAAAAGCAAAUUUUUUUAAACUGGUUUUGGACCAGCAACUGGACCAGCAACUGAAAGAAUACCAAGACCAAUUCCAGACAAAUCUGCACUUCCUGAAUUUAAAUACUUGAGCGUUCAUACUUCAUCCAAUAAUGAUGAAAAUGGCAAGAAGCGCAUUCCCGAUGAUUGGCAGCCACGAUCAAAUAUUAAGAAGCUCUUCGAGCAAGGGAAGUUGUCAAUUAAUGCAUCGGAUGCUAUCACAGAAUUUUUCUCCAAGUUCAUUGUAGACGAAAAACUGGUGAAGAAUUACAUUGAGCACUUGUCGCAACUGCAAAGUGUCAAUGAGAUCCGUAAGCAAGAGCGAAGAAAAGAGAAGCAAGUUCGAGCCUUAAAAGAUGUGCAUUGCUAUGACUGGAAAACACUUGUAGAGAAGGGGGUGCUUGACACUCUGAAAGUCCCCAAGUUGGACAAAUACAUUGAGCAUAAUAAACUUAGCAAGAACGGAAAGAAAAUCGACAAAAUCAAGUGAAUCACAGUACACUAUUAUGAAACUUCAAAGGAAUCUACAUUUCCUUCAAGCGUCAGUGUUGGUGAGGACAGUGAUGAGAGUGACAGAGACAAUGACCUUGUUUUGUGUGAUGAAAGUGAAAGCGAAAGUGAAUCAGAUGAUGACAGUCAUACUGUAACAAUACAAGAAGGCACAUCAACAAGAAGUGGCCGCAGAGUAGGACACUGGUCCACAAGAUAUGCUGAUUUCGUUCAGUGAACAGGAACUCCUUAUAGAGGUAUAGAUUGAAGGGGGUUGGGGGUGGGUCACCUCUUAUAUAAAGUUAUAUGGGGGUGGGUCAAGAAUUAACUAAUGGGCUUAAAGGGUUGGUCACGUUUUUUCUUUGAUUCUAAAACAAAAAAAAUCCCCCCCCCCCCCCCCACAUAAAUAAUGACCGGUUCCUUAGGUACUAAAAAGUUCACUUGAUUGACAGAACCUUUCUGACGAUGUGAGCUGUUCCCCAAAUAGUAAUUUUUGGAGCUCGUUGAUGCUGGCUGUACCUGGAAUUUUGUCGACAUAUUUUUCCAGUCCCGUUUUAAUGACCCCAGUCAUAUUAGAAGUAAGAAGUAAAAAGUAAGAAGUUUAUUGUACACUCCCCUGCGGAGUUUAUCAGUGAUACAAGACAAAGCGAUAAUUCAUUAUCUAGUAUAUAUAAAAAUAACUACCCAAAAAAUUAGCUAAGUUUCCGUUUAAAAUUCUUAUGAUACAAUAAAAAAACCCUAUGAUUUUAAUUUGGAUCUUUAUCUAGCCUGUUCCACAAACUGACAACAUAUUAUUAUUAUUAUUAUUAUCAUUGUUAUAAGAUAGAUAGAUAGUUUAUUAAAAUAAAUACAUGGGCAGCCAGAGGCUGAAUUGCGUCUUUAUAAAUAAAACUAAGCUAAAAAUCGAAUAAUUUACAAUACAUCAAUAUUAAAAAUGUUGAAAAUUCAUGCAUAUAAUAUAAAAAAGUAUUAAAACCGAAUAAUUUAAUUCUACUAUAGGCAGGAUGACAAAAUAAAAGUGUUCUUAAAACGGUCCGUCUUGCACUUUUGAAGCGCAAAGUGUCGGUGAUUUCCUAGUGAAUAUGGAGCCUUAUUGGCUUCAGUUAAUAACUUGUUAAGUUUGUUAUCUUUUAUUUGCCGACAGUAUCGUUAAGAACCUUGUCACAUAUGUCCUCGCAACAUGAAAUAAUGGUUGGAAUACCAGCUUCAUUAAGUGCCUCGUCAUACGAGAGACUGGGGCAAAUGAUUAAUAAUGCCCUUUUUUGGACCCGCUCCAGCUCACACUAUAAAUACUUGGUCAGAGCAUAAAAAAAAACAGGCGCUGCAUAAACUAGGAUUGAUCUUAUACAUAUGGCAUAAAAGAGGACUAAAUCCCUACAUGGAAGCUUUGCCCUUUUAAGCUGAACUAGGAAAUACAAACGUUUAGUUUCUUUCUUUACAGUUUCGUUAACGAGCUCAUUCCAUGAUAAAUCGCUUGUAAUUAUCACACCCAGCAGCUUUGCGCUUCUAACUGCUUCAAGUUGGUUACCAUUCACAAGAAUAGGAUGGAACUCAGACUACUUUUUAGUGAAGGAGAUUCUAAGUUCUUUUCACUUUUCCCUGUUCAGUUGAACCCUAUUAUCUAGGGAUCACUGAGGUACACAGUCUGCUAUAUGUUGUGCAUUACUCGUUCCACCCUUAGCAACUACUUCUGACGUUGUGGUGCCAAGUAUUAUUAUUGUCGGGCACUUUUCACAGAACUCUUCCUCACCCAAGCAAGGUUAAAAAAAGUUGUAAAAGUUUCAUACAAUGUGGCGUUCCCAACUGUCUCGGCAACAUUUCAAAUCUUCUGGAAACUGUUCCCAGUGCACCGGUUACUAUUGGGAUGACUAGUAGUAAACGACAGAUCCAAAUAUUUCAAGUCACAGUAAUUAUCGAUCUUCUCUCUUUCCUUGCUUACUAUUCUUGGUGUCGAAUGGGCAGGCAACAUCAAUUAUAAUGCACGAUUUUAUCUUAUUCAGGAGCACAAUAUCAGGUUUGUUGUGUUCAAUGUGACGGUCUGUUUAGGUCUUAAAACUCAACUACAGUUUGUGCUUCUCAGAAUCACUGACUGGAUCCGGUUUGUGAUCUUACCAGUUUGCUGUCCUUUCAAAACCGCAUUUCCCGCUGAGAUCCCAUUGGAUAACCUGGGCGACCUCAUCAUGACUCUAUGACUUGUACUUCUACUCUCUCUCCACAUAUUCUGCGUGCCUGGGAGACAUUUUGAUUGUCAACAAGAACGCUCUUAGUAGCGUUGAGUCUCGCUUGCUUUGAGAUUCGUUUUGUUGUCAGCUGGUUAUGCUACUUUUUCGUUGGGAAUACAUAGCGAGUGUUAUAUCACAUAAUGUUAAUUUUCAAAACGUAAAAUUUGUAAGGAGAGAGAGGACGCCUGCACAUCUUAACUUUACACCAGUGUACUGAAGCCUUUGAUGAAAACCUUUUGCAUAUUGACUAUUUUCGAAUUCCCCAUAAUACACUCUGUUUGCCCCCCAAAUUUUGCAUAACUUGUUGUCUUAAAAUGCUCUUGGGAAAAUGCAAUACUCCCAGGAGCAUUUAAAAACAAUGGUUUAUGCAGAAUUUGGGGGGCAAACGGAGUGUAUCAUGGGGAAUUCGAAAACAGAGAAUUGAUAUUGCUCCAGUGAGGAGGAGAACUUUUUCAGGGAUUUUACACUCAAAAAAUUGAACGAUGAUUUUUAUCUGUAUAAAUAUAUCUAGCUUCUAUGUAGCGGACCAAGAUACGGCUUGGUACAGUUUUUGUCCAGCACAGGAAAAAGGUGUAAGUUUAGCAGAACCUUAUUAGCCAUUUCGGAGUUGCGUAGGGAACUGGGGCGAGUUUCAAAUUUCAACUAAUCGAUAAACUGACACCAUCAUAUAAAAGGUCAUGUUGAGAUUGGUUAUUUGACCAAGUUUGGUGCUCUAAAGUUGAACAGGGAUCAAGUUAUGACUUUUGAAACAUUGUUAAAGAUCCAUACAAACGUCUAUAAUUUUGUGACAGCGUCCCCCAAAACCAUACAAACUCUUUGAAAUUUUUCAGUUUUUCUUUUAAAGUGUAAAAUUCGUCAUGCAUCUACUACUUGGAAGGAACUAAUUCGAAAAUCACUGUGUUUGCCCAUUAUUAGGAAUAUCACAGAAAUCGUGAAAAAAAUUAAGAGUUUAUAUGGUUUUGGGGGACGCUGUCACAAAAUUACAGAGGUUUGUAUGGCUCUUUAACCAUGUUUCAAGAGUCGUAACUUGAUCCCUGUUCAACCUUAGAGCACCAAACUUGGUCAAAUGACCAAUCUCAACAUGACCUUUUAUAUGGUGGUGUUAGUUUAUCGAUUAGUUUAAAUUUGAAACUCGCCCCAGUUCCCUACGCAUCUCCGAAAUGGCUAAUAAAACAGACAGUCCAUUCAGUUCGCACGUAUUCAUGUUGAAUUUGUUGUCCGUUUAAGAAGAUAUCAAAAUUGCGUGAAACUAAUUACAUUUUCUGUGGCUGAUUGGUAUCUGCUUUUAAUACCUUCGUACUGUUGAUGUUUAUGCGAUCUCAGAGUAUAAUGUUUAGAGCUCUAGACAGCAUGCAUUUUAUCACAGUAUCAAUGGGAUAAAGCGUUUCAUUUUCCAGGGAAAUCUCACUUUCUCGUCAAAACAAUCACUGAUUCAGUCAGACUCGGAGUGCUUUACUUAAAUCCCUUAAAUUUAGUCCUCAGUGAGUCAGUACAGCGAGCGGGGUUAUGUUCUGUGAAAUUUAUCUACAGUCUGCGUCCCAGGUCACCACAUCACCACGAACCACGAUUUAUAUAUUUAUUUUAUUUUCAGGUUUGUUUUUUAACCCAUCCUUGAUCCUUGAUCCUGGUUUUCCAGUAAACCUGGAAGUUUGUUCUUUUUUCGAGUACUAAAGUUAGUAACUAACCCUUUCAAGUGAUAGAAUUCGUGGACCGACCCGUUCCGUAACUUAUUGCCUCAAUACACCACAAUAAUAUUUAAUAAUAUUUUCUCGGGGUAUUGACUUUUUAAUACGCAUGCAUAGUUACACGAAAAUGAAGGAUCUCGAUUCGUGGAAAAUUACAUUGCCAAACGUGUUCAACUUACGUGCGUCAUUUCAGUCAUCGCCGAAAAUAUAACGCAUGCUCAUCACAAGACUUAUUUGUAUACAAUGAUUCGUCACGAUUCUUAUCCCCAGUUUCCACGGUCUUUGCUAGGAACGCCUGGGAGUUUGCCCCCUUUUUCGCGAAGGAUAGGCGAAAAAAAAGUCCUGCAUUUUUAGAGUUAAUUAGACCUAAUUAGCUUUGUAUGCGGAGCCUGAUCUUGUGCGGCAGUGAGAAAUCCUUCACUUUUUAGCUUCCCUCUCUUAAGCCACUCCCACGACUUUGAGUCCCUAAUUUUCUCGGUACUUCUGAUAAAUUAUUAUUAUUAUUAUUAUUAUUAUUAUUAUUAUAAUCAUAACUAUAACAAAAUCGUCAAAUCUGAUUGGCUAUCAACUGCCCUGAUUUCAGCCUUAAUUGGACAGUCAAUAGGACAGUACGCGUCAUGCCUAAGUAAUUGGACAGUGCGCGCCAUCACGCGCGCGCUUAAAUGGCUUUUUUUUCACUGAUAGCAAAACAAAAUUUCGAGUUUCUCGUGUUUUGAUUUAAAAAAUAGUCUAUUGUAUCACAAAUUUUGUUAAAAUUACGAUUAAUUGGUAACAGAACUUCGUGUCGUCCAAUUCGGUCUGUAAUCACACUCAUGAUUAAACAAAUCGGACUCCCGCUACGCGGUCGUCCGAUUUUGUUAAUCACUCGUAUGAUUACAGACCGAAUUGGACUCCACUCAGUCCUGUUACCAUUACUUAUUAUUAUUAUUAUUAUUAUUAUUAUUAUUAUUAUUAUUAUUAUUAUUAUUAUUAUUACUACUACUGAGCACACGAAAACAAAAAGACGACUGUCUAAGUGAGCGGCUGGAGCAGGUGAAGAACUCCCUGCCGACAAAAGCUAAGCGAGCUGUUGAGUUAGCUACAGAGAAGGGAUGAUCAAAUUGGCUGACCGUAUUUCCCCUCAAAGAGUUGGAUUACAAUCUGAAUAAGAAGGAAUUUAGAGAUGCAUUUAAGUUACGGUACGAAUGGGAAAUAACGGACACGCCUAUGAUCUGCGCAUGCGGUGUUCAAUUUAGCGUGGAUCACGCAAUGGUGUGUCAGCGCGGCGGAUUCAUUAUCCAGCGCCAUAAACGAACUGCGCCACUUGGAAGCAGAGAUGCUAAGGAUGGUCUGUAAUGAUGUGGAAGUAGAGCUGGUCCUUCAGGAGGUCACUGGGGAGACAUUAAAUCAUGGCGCUAACAAAGCCCCUGAUGCCCGUUUGGAUAUUCAUGCUCGAGGUUUUUGGGAGAGACAGAGAUCUGCAUUCUUCGACGUUCGGGUGUGUCACCCUAAUGCAGACUCUUACAGACUCUUCCUAAGCAAAUCUACUAGAAGCGUAAGAACGAGAAGAAGAGGCAGUAUGCAGAAAGAGUCAUGGAGAUCGAACAGGGAACGUUCACUCCCCCAAUUUUCACGACCACAGGUGGAAUGGCGGAUGAGUCUGUUGUGUACCACAGUAGACUUGCGGAGCUGAUCGCAAAUAAGAAGGGAGAAAGUUACGCAAGGGCAAUUUCCUGGAUAAGAGCUUAAGUAUCUUUCGCAAUCCUACGCUCUGCGAUACUAUGCUUGAGAGGCUCAAGAUCCAGAAGACGACAGCUAGACUUUGUUGACUCUGAGCUACAGAUCGAAAAUGUUAUAGCCUGCCCGAAUUAAUUGAUUUUUUAUUAGAUCUUGCUUUAUUUUUUUAAACAUUUGAAAGAAACUUUUGAUUUUUAGAGGCUGAUAGUUUUUUUUUGUUGAAAUGAAAUGUUUUUUAAUUGGAGUAAUUUUUCUUAGUUAAAUUAACUCUUUCUAAGCUAAAUUAAGUGCUUGUUAAAUUGACAGGAAUUGUAAAUAGUGUUUUGAAUUAAUAGUUUUUUCUUAUUUUCAAGCGAGUUAAUUGUAAAUAGCAUUUUAAUAGUUAGCAUUGUUGUCAAUAAAAUUUUUUCUUCUCAUUAUUAUUAUUAGUAGUAGUAGUAUCAUUAUUAUUAUUAUUAUUAUUAUUAUUAUUAUUGUCAUUAUCAUUGUUUUGUGUAUCAUUUCAGAGAUGGAGUUGGUUCUGUAGGCACUUCAAAGUGGAUUUUUCCCCAAGAAAGAAAAAACCCUUGGCCCAUAGAAGGUGAAAAACCAGAGAAAGUUGAAAAUGUUGUUGGUGCAGAUAUCAAUAUUCCAGAUGCUUCCCACAAAGUACGUACUGCAUUGUUAACAUAAUUCACUUGUGCCAGGAUCUCCACACAGGAUCCUCUUUUAAGGUGGCUCGACUGGAUUUUUUUUAGCAGGAUACCUCCCAAGUUUGAGCAUUAACUACGUCGGCAUGAGUAAAGAUAUGGAAAAAAGAUGAAAAUUUCUUAUGAUCUGGAUUUUAUUGCAAUCGGAGUCGCCAUGGAAACGUAAUGACGCCAUUACGUUUUUCACUUAUCUUUGUGUUUCUCUGUACCAAGAGUAUUUUGAAGAAAUCGCUUAAUCGAGUGUGUACCUGCCAUAAUUGCCUUCAUUAUGGCAAAGUUUGAAGAAAUUCUGUGAGAGCGUUUUCGAAAUAUUUUGAAAUGCAGUUUUAAGAAUCAUAAAAACAGUGAAAUAACAUGCUAGCCGCACAAUUCGCUAAUAUUUUAAGAAAAUGAUAAGUUUUGGGAACGCGGCUUCAUCUCAUAGUGGUUUGAUUCCAUUGAAAACUGCAUACCAAAAUAGAGGGGAAUUGCUCCGGGCGAUCGCGAGUAAGAAGGAUUUUAUUAACUUGCAUUCAGAUGCUCUUUUUGUAGGUAAUUUGGUCCAUGCCUAAAAAUUUCGCAUUUUUCCAAAAGCCGCUCGAUAAUUUUUUUAUAAAUUCGACAAACUCGAGAUCAAUUGUCAAGAAAUAUUCCCUGCAAGUUUUAAGAACAUUGAAAACAGGGAAGGCUUUUAAAUAGGGCCUCAAAUAUAGCCAAUUUCCCCCCCAGAUUUUGUGUUUACAAGCGAGCGUCCUCAUUAUUCUUUGGCAUUGUUUUCAAGUUUUAUAUACACGUGCACAUUUAGCAAAAAGAAAGAAUUUGCAUCAAAAAGGACCCUCGGUUAAAUAUCCGGGAUAUGCUAAUUACUGGGUAAAGAGAUUAGUGAUACAUUAUAACAUCAGAGCAACUCUUUGUGAGAGUUUCUGUGAUGUUAUAACCCGAGUAAGAUAAUUAAGUAUUGCAUCCUACACGAUGAGCCGUGACGUUCACCGUUUCGGCUCUCACUGCUAUCUGUGACAACAAGCCAAUUAUUAGCAUAUUUCGGAUAUUUCUUCGGAAAGUAAUCGGGAGCUCUUUUUGAUGUAAAUUUAUAUCUUUUGCUAGUUGUGCACGUGCAUAUGAAACUUGAAAACAAUGCCAGUGAAUAAUGAGGACGCUCACUUGUAAACACAAAAUCUGGGGGGAAAAUUGGUUAUGUUUGAGGCCCUAUUUAAAAACCUUCCCUGUUUUCAAUGUUCUUGAAACUUGCAGGGAAUAUUUCUUGACGAUUGAUCUCGGGAUUGUCGAAUUUAUAAAAAAUUUAUCGAGCGGUUUUUGGAAAAAUGCGAAAUUUUUAGGCAUGGACCAAAUUACCUCCGUAAUAAUAUACACGAAAAAAUUACUUAAUUCUGAUUGGCUGAGAAAGGAGUGCAGCUCUUCUGUAACACGAGUGCAAAUUACAAAUGCUUUCUGAUUGGCUGAAAACACAAAAGAAACCAACAAGAACCAAUCAGAUUAGAGAUGUUUUAACAACAAAAAUUCAAGAAAAUGGCCAUGGUUUUCAGCAGACGACAGCGGGAUUUAAUUUUGUAAGCAAAACAACAAUAGAAAAGUUAAAAAAAUAUUCCAAAAACCCGAACACAGUAAAAAGUACGUCUUUCUGGCUAAAUGUAUUGAAAAUGCGUUGCUAAGAGAAAAAUACUGUCAACAAAAUCGAGGAAAAUGAGCCAGAGAAACUAGAAUACAAGCUACUUACAACAGACUACGCUAAAGUAAAAAAAUAAAGAACAAAAAAACGGUGCAACCACACACAAACCAUGACAGCUACAGAAUGAACAAGGAUACAAUUCCAUGAUAACAACAGGGAUUUCAAGUCAUGUACGUAAUUUGUUGCUCUCUUUGAGUCUUGUGGAGCGAAGACCUCUAUUAAAACAUCCAUGCGAUGGUCUGUGUUUUUUUCUACCUCAGUAGCAAACGAAACCGAAAAUUUAAACAUCUGGUCCAAACUAAACCAAUGGGCGAAAAUACCACAACUCACAUAAUGAAAGUAUCCGCAGCUGGUACUUGCCUUAAAGAAAGUGAGAAAAAAGUUUACGAAUCAUUGUACAAGAAAGACAACAGUCAGGAUGCUGAAGAAGCAAAGAUUGUAAGUUCAGAACGUAUCGUCAGUGUCACAGGUCACAGAGGUAUAAAUUUCCUUAACGACCACGAUGAAGCCGACUAAGAAGAGCUACGAUGACUCUUGCAGUAGGCCAAAUAAGAUAAUUAAAACUCCAGCGCUGAUAUAAGGCAAAUAUUAUAUAAUACUGGCAGUUUCCGACAUCACAACAAUUGUGGCUCCACUCACCCAUCGAUGGCAGCGUCGAAGGAAAACAAAUUGCCGCCUUCAUUUUUGGGUUUUAAAUCUCAAACAUUUGUCCAUGAAUCCGGCUAUGAUGAGGUCCCAGGAACAGACAAUGAUAAACAGUCGUUAAAAAACCUUAGCAAGUGUCUUUCAUCCUUGGCUGCUCGAAGCGUUCUCCUGAUUUCAAAACGGCAGUAUACUUCUUGAAAACGCUUCUUGUAAACGCCGAGCUCUCAUAAUCGAGGAUGAAUUUAAAAACACUUACUUUUCCUGAUUGUUGUAAACCAAGUUAUCUUUAACCGGCUGGUGACCAUAUAAAAAAACUCCUUGCACAUUUCCAAGUUCUCAGCUGAAUGAUUUUGAAAGCAUUGGUCUGGAAAAAGUUUGAAUUUGACAAAGGUAGUAGUCUGUUUCAGCCAAUCAGUUGAAUGAACUAAAAACGCGCGCGCUGUCAAAAUUUGUUGUUGUAGUUAUGUUUUUCGUGUAUAUCAUUAAUAAGUAAUCACAUGAUGUUUGGAAUAAAUAAGCACUUGUAAAUUUUUCAAAUACCACAAAGUGCACUCGCCCUACGGGCUCGUGCACUUUUGUUGGUCUUUGAAAAAUUUACUCGUGCUUAUUUAUUCCAAAUUGCACUCGAAAUCAUGUGAUUACCUAUACAAAACUGAAUCAAAAGCAGCUGAAUGCAAGUUAAUAAAAUUCUUCUUACUCGCGAUCGCCCAGAGCAAUUCCCCUUUUUUUUUUGUAUGCAGUUUUCAAUGGAAUCAAACCACUAUGAGAUGAAGCUGCGAUUCCAAAGCUUAUCAUUUUCUUAAAAUAUUAGCGAAUUGUGCGGCUAGCAUGCUGUUUCAUUGCUUUGAUGGUUCUUAAAACUGCAUUUCAAAAUAUUUGGAAAACGCUCUCAUAGAAUUUCUUCAAACUUUGCCAUAAUGGAGGCAAUUAUGGCAGGUACAUACUCCCUCAAGCGAUUUCUUCAAAAAACUCCUGGCACAGAGAAACACAACGAUAAAUGAAAAACGUAAUGGCGUCAUUACGUUGCCAUGGCGACUCUGAUUGCACUAAAAUCCAGAUCAUAGGAAAUUUUCAUCUUUAUAUAAUACAGUUGUGGUAACCUUUUUUCCAUAUCUUUACUCAUGCCGACGUAGUUAAUGCUCAAACUUGGGAGGUAUCUACCCCAAAAAAUCCAGUCGAGCCACCUUAAAUUUCUCUGGAUAUAAACAGAGGUUUUGGAAAUGGCAGACCUCUUCUGAAGCACAAUGAUGCUCUGAUUGGUGUACUAUUUGACUGUUUUGCAGCUAUAUUUUUUGUCGAUACCGUAAGCAUGUGUGCACUGAUAAUCAAUGCCAUCAGUGCGCACAAUAGAAGUACAAGUUACAGUUGUGCUGUUAGAUUUGGUUAUGCAAAGCCAAGUUGAGGUUCUUAGAAAACUGUUUGAGGUACAUAUCCUCAGAAGCUUAGCCAUACAUCAGAGAAGUGCAAGAUUUUGUUACUUCCACUGGCCAAAAAAAAGACCUUGGAAAACUUUUGGAAGGGGUGCAAGGAUAAAUGUAUGGUUUGAAGAAUGUGACUUUUUAUGAGUUCUUAAAAAAGGAUUUUCUUAUGCAUUACUCACUGCCUUGAUUUAAAAACCAUUGAGUGUGCUAAAGAAGUGCCCCAAAUCUGGAAAUUUCCUAACCGACUACUCUCAGUUUCCCUCAGGCAGAGCUUACAUUCAGCGUUGCAUAGAGUUCAAACUUCAUAUGAGUAACUUGCAUUGAUUUUAGGUACCAAAUGACAACAAGAAAGAAGCAAAUUCGGCAUCUAAGUAUUUAUCAACUCUUUUAUUGCCAGUUUUGACCAAGGUAAGGGCGUCCUCGCUGGAAUCAAUUCAAGAAGUAUAGUGAAAUAAGAACUGCUUGUCGGUUCUCACUCUGACUUCUGUCGUACAUCGUACUACAGAUAUCCUGAAAGCUACUUAUGUACUUUCAAGGCGAUGACAGUCAUUUUCUGUAGUUGUACUUGUCAGCUUAAUAUUAGGAUGUUUGCAAAGAACGUUUCAUAAAUGUGUUAUCUUUAUAUCCACAACACGCUUUCAAGGUAUUUUCUAUGAAUUUUACCCUUUGAUGUCUUUGUUGACUACCUUGGUGUAUUCCUUCUUUCAGAAUUUUUUUAAAAGGCUUCCUUGAAAUUAAAGAACAAUAAUUAUAACUAAUAAUAAUAGUAAUAAUAAUGUGACGUAAAAAUAGUGUUGCAAGUCUCUUUGACAAGAAAAAAAGACCCCUCUAAUUUUUAGCAAAGUUUCUGUUGUUUCCUUGUGAAGAUCGCAUGUUCAGGGAGAUUUUAAUUUGCGAAUCUUUGUUUACAUUUUUGCCUUAUUAAAGUACGUUUAUCUUUCUCUGAUCAAGCUAUUGAAUAACAUUUUAAACCACAUCACAGCUAAGGGCAGUCUCAUCUAGUACACCUGUAUUCGACGUUCUCGCCCAUUGCUGUAAACUUCGAGGACUAAAAUUUGUUAUUAAAGUUGUGUGUUUGUUUGUGGACUGCAAAAGAAGUCGCCUAAAGGCCGUUAUGGACUGUUUUUCGGAUUCAGACCCAAACUUAUGAUCAGAUGCAGUAUAAUGACUUGAAACAACAGUGAAUAUCAUCUUCCGUAAUAUGUUAAAAGUGACCUAAAGGCAUUCUUUCUUUUUCUUUCCAGCUUAGUUCAAGUCACAGUGGCCAGGAACGUUCAAUAGAACAUCUCAUUGAUGCAUUUAAAUUAGUAGAGACAUCUUGUCCAGGUCUUAGUGAUGACCUGGUCGAAAAGAUUGUAAAUCAUGUCAAGCAUGCGAAAAGGUGAGGAACUGAUCUGCAUACGCGCGGGUUUCUCUAAUUUCUUAAAAUGUGUAGGAGAUUUGUCCUUUUACCGUUUUAGAAAGGAAAAAAUCAAGGCAAAAUUGCAGUUUGUUAAUGAACCACUGAUGAAACCCGAUAUGUAAAUGUAAGUUACAAUAAAGUUCGUUUACAGAGUUACCAAUUUGUAAAUAGACACAAGUACUAAAUAAAGUAAGCAGAAACAGCAAAACAUGGCACGUUGAAUUUUAAACUCACACUUAACAAUCCCUUCCCAGCGCUUUAUUGAUAACAAUAAUAAUGAUUUUUAUAAUCAUGAUAAUGAUAAGAAGCGAUUUCGAUGCAACAAAUUGACACCAAUUUUCCAUGGUCUGUACUCUUAUCGACCAUAGAAAUGAUUUCAACAUGUUCAAUCAAGUGGAAAACCGCAGGCGACUGGUUUCACUGUAAAAUUAAUCUGGACUUAUCUUCGCGCGAUUUUACUGGCUAUUUUAGAUCACGUGGUGGCAAAUUGGAGGAGAGGUUUCAAGCAAUACACCCUUCCCGUUUUGAUAUUUGCCCUUCGAGAUUUUGGUUGUAACAACAGAGUUAGUUUCUUUUCAGUCUUCACCUUCUUAAUUUCAAAUGGAAGUAGGAAAACCAAACAGGUUUGGCAAAAUCCGGUCACAGUAAAUGUUUUAGCUAAUCGUAACUGAAAUAUAUAAAGUAUGGUUUGCUGUUAAUGUUUUGGAAGAUGGACAAAAUUUAAGAAUUAAAAUUGGAUUCCAUUUCUAUAAAAACUUCAAUACCAUUUUUUACGCAGUUACAGAUGUCAGUACAGAAAAGAAUACUACAAAGAGUGAUUAAAAUUAGCCAUUUUUGUCUAACUGUCAGCGUGAGGAAGAGAGAGAAAGGCGUGAGCCAUGCAAGCAAUAUAACCACUUGUCAUUUAAGAGUUUAUAUCACAACUCUUCCUGCUUAAUUUAAAUUGCCCAAAAACAAACGCGAUCAUUCCGUUAUGCGAGAGGCGCGCGGCAAGACUGUAUCUUAAGUCCACUGCUUUUUAAUCUUUAUAUUAACGACCUACCUUUCGCAUUUGAAAAUGCAUUAUCUGAUCCUUUUGUUUUGCCAAACGGUGCAAAACUAAAUUCUCUAUUAUAUGCAGACGAUGUCAUCAUUUUAUCACGAUCCAAAACAGGACUACAAAAUUUUCUCGAUAAACUAUAGUCAUUCUGUACUUCAUGGAUGAUGAAAAUCAAUCCCAAGAAAACAAAAAUUAUGGUUUUUCAGAAACGUGCGAGAAAAAAAUGCUGAUUUUCACUUUCUCAUAGAUAGUCAAAUAAUUGGUGUUGUACAAGAGUACACUUAGGAACUCGAAUGUCCUCAUCGGGAAUUUUUUCAGUGUCACGUGAACAUCUCAAGGAGAAGGCUCUUCAUGCCCUCUUCAGCUUGACACGACACACGAAUCUUAGCAAACUAAAGCCCCAUUUACACGGCAGAAAAUUUUUGGCGCGGCUUGGAUGAAAGUGGUACGUGUACCAAAAAAAUAGUACUGAUUACUCAUGUACACGUUCUUUUUUCUACCGUGCUAAACGAUGUGAAAUUAUGAUUUGGUACGGGUAAAAGGCUCAACAUCUCGGCCAGCGUACUCGAUUCUUGCCUAGUGCGCAUGCUGCUUCCUCUGUAAAAACAUGGCGAACGAAAAGUUCAUUAGAAUUCCCAAAGCCGCAUGUAGUCUACGCACAAGGAACAAAUGGGUGGUCAUUGAAUACUGGUGCGGUUAUUGAAUUAUUGUGUGGUUAUUGAACACACUGAACUAACGAAAAAGUAUUUACCACUUAGUUAAUGUUACACAUUUAUAUUAAAAAAUUCUUACGUAUUUGUGGCUAUUUCCCCCGCAGCUGCAUGUUGUCCACGCUCAUCAGUGAACUAACGUGUGGUCAUUGAACUACUGUCGUGUUUAUUGAACUUUUGGUUUAUAUUGAAGUAACGAUAAAGCUCAUCUGUACUUGCUCUCCCACAUUGGUGCUAACCAAAGGCACGAAGGCUCAUCAGAGAAAAGUUAGCUCGGCACGGCUAAUCGUUUACACUGCACACUUUAUCCGAGCUGGGCUAGAUUUUCAGGAUCGCGUACCAGUUUUAUCCGUGCUCGGACUACCUCUCGACAUGGUCCGAGCACGGGUGAAAUUUUGAUCCGGCACGGAUGGGCCAAAGUCGUUUACAUGACUAAAUCUAUCCGUGCCGAACCAAUUUUUUUGGUACGCGUACUUUUUUCAUCCGAGCCGUGCCAAAAAUUUUCGGCCGUGUAAAUGGGGCUUAAAAGCAGCUCUCGCCUGUAAAAUAUUUGAUACUAUGAUCUCCGCUAUUCUAACAUAUAACAUUGAAAUUUUGGGUGUGUAUACCAAACCAGAUUUUAAGACCUGGGACGGCUCACAAAUCGAGAAGUUAAACCUUCAAUUUUGUAAACGAUACUUGGAGGUAAACAACAAAGCU